GUAGCUUCUGGUUACAAACUUUGGACCAAUCAGAGCGCAGCAUUUCCUUCCUGCAGCAGGAGCAACAGGAGUUCAACCUGGACCGUUUCAAGAAGGAACUUUCUGCUCCAAAUUCAAACUGACAUGAUUAUCCACAUUGGCUGACACUUCUGGUAUCCAACGUAUUGUCAUUGGAGGAAAAACUCCCCUGUAAUGACAAUGUUGGGUAUGUACGUGCCAGACAGAUUUUCCCUGAAAUCGUCAAAGGUCCAGGAUGGAAUCGGUCUGUACACGGCGAGGCGGGUGAAAAAGGUUUGUAGUUUCCGACCGGGCGGCUCUGUUACCGAGUUUAUGCCAGUUCAGGUACUUUCUAGAAACUUCUAAGCGAUGUUGAAAGGUUUUCUGUUCGCCGUAAUCCCGAUUGUCGCUGUCAAAGCCCCAGACUCAACCCAAGCGGCUCUGACGUGAAGUGCCACGUAGAUACAGUGCCUCCAGUUGUUUCUGGCGCUCGACGUUACAGUGUAACCAUGUCGGAAAAGAGGGGACGUGAGCCUCUUUUAGUGAACCAACACUCUUCAUGAAUGUUCAAGCUCUUGUCUUUUAACAUCGUUUUCUAAAAAUGCAGAUUUAUCCCUCCACUGUUGCACAUAACGGGUGAAGUUGUCUUGGAGGAUAAAUAGGCUCUAGUGUAACUGCAGGAAUAUGGUAACGUUCAACAGGACAGUGUUAUUUACAUCUGUGCAUCUGUGCAGUAGCAGUCUGAGCAUGAACAUGGAUGCAACACACGUUUUGACCACGCCCCCUGCAGAUUUUGGCUCCUCAAGAGGAUCCAAAUGAAAACUAUCCUGUUCUGAAUGAUGCAUUCACAUGGCAUAAUAAAAAGUGGGCGUGUCCACGUGUACCCACAGUGCAAACAUCACAGGAUAUUGUAAAGUUUAAAUAUAAAGAGAUGCAGGAUAUUAUUAGCAUAAUAUCUGUACUGGCAGACAAUUAUUGAUAGAUAUGAAAAUUCCUGCAGACCUUAUAUCAUCCAAAAAGGUGAGGUUUUGGUGUUGCGCAUGUAAGGAAGUAUUUUGGGGCUUUGGAGACAGACUGUUGUUGCGUUCAAGUUACCCUGGAAGUCAGAAGUCCAAGCUAAAAAUGACGUCCCACCCAAAUUCCCAGCGUUUCUGCUACCAAUUAGGAAAAAAGCAAAAUCGGAGGCCUGAAACAAGUUGGCUACAUCUACGAAAGUUACUUUAAAAGUUAUUUUGAAAGUUAUUUUAGCUAAAUAACUUUCGUAGAUGUAGCCAACUUGUUUCAGGCCUCCGAUUUUGCUUUUUUCUGACUUGGUAACCGAAACGCUUGGAACUCAGGUGUGACGUCAUUUUCAGCUCGGACCUCUGACUCCCAAGAUAACUCAAAUGCACCAUGUAGACCCAUUACUAAAUGUUUGUUUUAUGCCCCCCCAAAGAGAAAAAAAAAGGAAAAUGAAUGUUACAUUAGGAGUAAAAUUUAGUUUCUAUUGCUUGUAAAGUUUAGUUAUCUUAGAUUGAUAAAAGGUGCAAACAUAUCAGUAUUGUAUAUGCUAAAAUGAGUUUAAAAUAUCAGCUUGUUAGAUAAAGUCAAUAAUCCAAUGUCAUGCAUUCUUAUUUUAAAUGAUUCUGGUUGCUCCUUUGUUGUAAAAUAGCAUACUUGAGAAACGAUCUCUUUGUUUGUGUUUGUUUUACAGGGUGAAAAGUUUGGCCCCUUUGCUGGAGAGAGAAAGCUGCCAAAUGAGCUAGAUGAAAGCUCGGACGCCAGACUCAUGUGGGAGGUAAAUCUAUUCUUUUAUUUUCGUACAUCGUUCUGCACAUCUAAAGGUCUUACAAUUCAAAUAUGUCGAAAACUGAGGCCAUGGCUUGACUCACUUGUGGACAGCAGAUGGAUGUGUCUGUUUCACCAUAAAAAAAUGUUGAUCGAUGCAAAUGCUUUUGCACACAGCUACUAAUCUCCUCUUCAAAUAUAUACAGUGCCUUGAAAAAGUAUUCAUACCCCUUGAACUUUUUCACAUUCUGUCACUCUGCAACCACAAACUCAAAAGUAUUUAUUGAGAUUUUUUGUCGUAGACCAACAAAAAGUAGUACAUAAUUGUGAAGUGGAACAAAAAUGAUACAUUGUUUUAAAAAAUUUAAACAAAUAAAAAUCUGAAAAGUGUGGUGUGCAUUUGUAUUCAGCUCCCCCGUGCCAGUACUUUAUAGAGCCACCUUUCGCUGCAAUUACAGCUGCAAGUCUUUUGGGGUAUGUCUCUACAAGCUUUGCUCAUCUAGAAGGCUGAACUUUUUGCCCAAUCUUCUUUGCAAAAUAGCUCGAGCUCAGCCAGAUUGGAUGGAGUGCGUCUGUGAACAGUAAUUUUCAAGUCUUGCCACAGGUGCUCAAUGGGAUUUAGGUCUGGACUUUGACUUGGCAUUUCUAACACAUGAAUAUUCUUUGACCUAAACCACUCCAUUGUAGCUCUGGCUGUAUGUUUAGGGUCAUUGUCUUGCUGGAAGGUGAAUCUCUUCCCCGGUUCAAGUCUUUUGCAGCCUCCAACAGGUUUUCUUCCAGGAUUGUCCUGUAUUUAGCUCCAUCCAUCCUCCCAUCAACUCUGACCAGCUUCCCUGUUCCUGCUGACGAAAAGCAUCCCCACAGCAUGAGGCUGCCACCACCAUGUUUCACAGUGGGGAUGGUGUGUUCAGGAUGAUGAGCAGUGUUACUUUUCCGCCAUACAUAGUGCUUUGCAUUCAGGCCAAAAAUUUCAACUGUGGUCUCAUCUGACAAGAGCACCUUCUUCCACAUGUUUGCUGUGUCCCCUACAUGACUUGUGGCCAACUGCUAACGGGACUUUUUAUGUCUUUCUGUCAACGAUGGCUUUCUUCUUGCCUCUCUUCCAUAAAGGCCAGAUUUGUGGAGUACACGACUUAUAGUUGUCCUGUGGACAGAUUCUCCCACCUGAGCUGUGGAUUUCUGCAGCUCCUCCAGAGUGACCAUGGGCCUCUUGGCUGCUUCUCUCACCAGUGCCCUUCUUGCUCAGUCUGUCUGUUUAGGUGGACAGCCAUGUCUUGGUAGGUUAGCAGUUGUGGCAUACUUCUUCUAUUUUUGGAUGAUGGAUUGAACAGUGCUCCUUGAGAUGUUCAGAGCUUUGGACAUAUUUUUAUAACCUAACCCUGCUUUAAACUUCUCCACAACUUUUUCCUUGACCUGUCCAGUGAGUUCCUUGGUCUUCAUGAUGCUCUUUAUUGACUAGUGUUCUCUAACAAAGCACUGAGGCCUUCACAGAACAGUUGUAUUUAUGCUGAUACUAACUUACACACAGGUGGACUCUAUUAACUAAUUAGGUGACUUCUGAAGGCAAUUGAUUGCACUGCAUUUUAUUUAGGGGUAUCAGAGUACAGGGGGCUGAAUACAAAUCCAAACCACACUGAUCAGAUUUUUAUUUGUUUAAAUUUUUGAAAACCAUGUAUCAUUUUUGUUCCACUUUACAAUUAUGUGCUACUUUGUGUUGGUCAAUGACAAAAAAUCUAAAUAAAAUACUUCAAAGUUUGUGGUUGUAGAGUGACAAAAUGUGAAAAAGUUCAAGGGGUAUGAAUACUUUUUCAAAGCACUGUAUAUAAAAAAAACGUGUGUUACCAGUUUCUUGAUGCUGUGCGACCUCAUAACACAGCAGUGGUAAAAAUACCCGUGGCUGAAAAGGAUUCACUAAAAAAGUGAUGUGUUUUCAUCCAUAAUUGAAAUUCAACAAUUGUGUCUACUUUUCCCUACCAAAUCUAAACUUUGCUUUUUGAGUCACACUAUGUACAGACUUUUACCAGCAAAUCUGCCACUAAGCUUAAAUUAUACUGUACAAGAAACUGUGAUAUGCGUUGGCAUUGUUGAGUAUUGUGACAAUGAUAAGAAGUUUGGUAAAGAAACAAAUAUUUUAGAGAGCAUAUUAGCUCAAAUACAUUCGUUCCUGUUGUCUGUCUGGGUCUGCUGCUCUUGAUGUUCGACAUUAUCUGAAAUUGAAACCAGCUCCUUCUGAAUCCGGAAAACAUGAGUAGUUAUUCAUCCCCUCAUUACCGCCAGUUUAUCAGGGGUUAAAGCUUCAUCUGACUGCAUCAAACUUGUAGAAAGUCAUGUUCAUAAUAGCUGGGUCUCCAUCUAGCUGCUUAAAUGUAACAGUAAAUGCUCAGCAAAGACCUUAGAUUGAUAUGUGUUCAUUGCUAAUACUGAUACUGAAAUAUUGAUAAAUAUGCAAGGUAUUGUGCAGCUCUUGAGGCGCCAUUUUCCAGUUGUAAAAACUUCUCGCUUUUGUUAUUUUUGCAGCAAUCUUUAAGCUUUGAUAUGAACAAAGUUUAAAAGAAAUUAAAAAUUAAAAAAAAAAGUUUUAGCAGUAAUGUACCAGAAUUUUAAACAAAUGUGUGCAUAACGGCACAAUUACACCAGUUGAGCUGUGAUGAGCCAAUAUUGCAGGCAGAUGAAACACACAUCCUUUAUCACAGGACAGCUGUUAGGGAAGACACAGCUGCUGCAUUUCUGUCCCAAUAUGCUCCCAGUUUUUUUGCCUCAAAGAAAACAUUUAAUUACACGCAGAUCAGUUAACAAUCACUGAUUUGACUGAUGCUUUUGUAGAAUUCAAACCUGAUGUAGUUAUCUGUUCCUGCCACAUUGUGAGCUCCAAGCUUGCACAGAGGAAAAAAGUGUCCAUACGUAAGAACGGCUGACUUUGAUGCUCAGAAGACGAAUCAGAAAAACCAAAGAAGGAGAAUCAGUCGUCCACUUCUGAAAACUCAUGCUGUGUGUUGUAUGUUUUUCUUCCAGGUGCGUGGCAGCAAAGGAGACGUGCUGUAUAUUCUGGAUGCAAGUAACCCACGUCAUGCCAACUGGCUGCGGUUUGUCCAUCAGGCGCCAUCACAGGAGCAGAAGAACCUGGCAGCCAUUCAGGUAUAUUUCCUCUCUGUGAACAAUGAAUCCCUCAGACAUACCUACAAGGAUGGGCUCGAAAGACUUCCUACAGACAUUUUACAGGCAGAACACAUCUGUCAAGACUAGCUUAUAAUUAUUCCUUUCAGAAAUAUGUCUGUAAAGUGACCACUAAGAGAGAUUUUGUUUGAAUUGGCAGCAGAUAGAAGAUGUUUUAAUGCAGUUUUUAAAGAAGACAUACUGUUUCAGCCUUGGAAACCUUCAAAGUGGAUCUGAAACUGUAUUUUUGACAGGAGGUCAAAGUGGCAGCUUUUUAUUGCUUUUUUGUUUUUGAAAGACAUCCCAGACGUCCACAUGAAUUCAGCUUUACAGAUGACAUGGAGAAGUUUGAAUGUGAUAAUAUAUAAAAGAAAUAAAGAUAUGAAAGGAAACAAUUGAAGAAACUUUGCAAUGAAAAAAAGACAGAACUGACAUCAAAUGACACAAUUUAAUUGUAAAACAAAUCGAAAAGUCUCUCAGAUUUUUUUCCUCAACUUCCUUUGCAGAUAGAAAUAUGUGAAGUUGUGUAAUAUAUGAAAGUAAAACUGCACAAUGUGAUGGAAAUCCAGCAAUGUACAUUAUUGAAUACUAUAAAAAAGGCUACACACAUAACAUGCAGUCAUUUUUGCUGUUUCACAACAAGAAAGUUAACAGUUCGAAUCCCCGAACCGUUAACUUUACUUACAGUGUGCGCGCUCUCAUUCUUGUUUGUACCAAGUCAACCUGUUGUGUCCCAAAACAACUGACCAAACGCAUUGGCAGGUCGCUGACAAGAUAACAUUAUAUUAAUAAUGAUGAUGAUGAUGAUGUAAUUCUAAUUUGCAAGUAUGUCCAAACUACAGUAGAAACAUCAAAAUCAUAUCAAAGCUUUCAGGAAGUCCUUACAAAACAACAGCCUGCUUUUUUUCUGACAGGAUGUACCCUUUUGUCAGAAUCAGUCUUAAUGUGGGACCAGCGCUGAACAAAAAAAAAGAAAAGUUAAAAAACAAGAUGUUCUGCGAAAAAAUCUUGGAUCUGCCUGAUCGAGCAUGAAGGCUAUUGCUGGCAUUAAAAACUCAAAACCCGGUGGUUUCACUUUUUGGAUGGUUUCAACUCAGAUAAUUGCUGAUGCCCUCAGUUGUUUCUAUACCUGCUUUGACACCUUUGAUUUUGGCCAGGAAAUACACGAUGUGAGUCACAAAGUCAUUGACAAUCAAAGCUUUUUCAUCACCCAAAAAGAUGUUGAAAAAUCAUUCCUUUCCCUCAAAAUAAAUUAGAGUUAGGGUCCUUACAGUAUCUGUGGCCACCUGCUGAAAUCCAGUGCAAAAGAGCUAAGCUCCAUUUUCCAGUAUAUCUUCAAUCAGUCCCUUAAGAUGCAACAUGUGCCAAGGGUCUGGAAAGAUGCAAUUAUUAUCCCCUUCCCCAAAAUCAGCUCACCUAAAACCCUCAAUGAUUUCAGACCGAUAGCACUGACAUCUGUUGCUAUGAAAACUUAUGAGAAACUGGUGAAAUCUGAAAUCCUUAAGAACACUGAGCAGGAUUUCGACCCUAUGCAGUUAGCCUAUAGACCCAACAGAGGUGUUGAGGAUGCCACAGUCAUUUUACUUAAAGGUAUGGUUGACGAUGGCGAGAUUGGUAAUUAUUAUGAACCUCACUGAUAUGGCCAUCAUGGUCCUAUCAUGCAAUCUCCACAAAGUGCAGUGAAAAAAGAAUGGAAAAAAAAAACGUUCACCCUUGCAGCUGCAGGGCUGCAAAAACAUUGACCAAUAGGAGCCAUCCAUCCCAGAAGCAAUUUUUUUUUUUGUAGGAUGGUAGGGGAAAGUCCUGCCUCCUUUGCCUCUGAUUGGCUAGAAAAGCUGGAGACGUCAUCGCACUCUCUAGCCAAACGCGGACUGUUGGCUCUGUACAUAAAACAGAACAUUAUUGCAGUUCUGAACAUCCGAAUCCUAAACCUAACCUGACAGACGAUGACGUUUCACAGCCAUUAGGAAUAACCAAUCGGAGCUGGGCACUUCUAGCCAAUCAGAGGCGAAGGAGGGCGGGACCUUCCCCUACCAUCCUACAAAAAAAAAAAUGCAUCCUGGACAGCUCUUACUGGUCAAUCUCCUGCUCCGCCUCGCCAUCCAAUCUCCUUGCUGUAUUCGACACACCCCUCUCCUGUAGUUCCAACUCGUCUCCUCCCACUCUCCCGGCCCUCCUCGGAGCUCUGAGCGGCCAAAAGUAGUGUAGUAGCUUAGCUACAGGAGCUGUGAUGGAGAAGGACGGAAAAAACAAUUCCGCCUAAAGUGGGAAGAAAACGCAAGCCAACAGAAGAAAGGGCAGAGACAAAGAGGAAAUGUGACCGAGCAAGGAAUCGAACUCAAUUAAACAUUGGGUCAUCCUUUGAGCGGUGAAGAAAGCUCCGCCAGGAUUUGGGCCUGAAAACAGACACAGAGACAGCAGAGUUUUUGUUGAACAGGUACUUUUUGCCUUUCAUCAUGGCAUAAUAAAAUGCCACAUAUAAACAACUCUUAUUAGACACAGGCAAUGUCAACACGGUAGCUGUCCAGGCAGCUGCAGACAGUGUUCGCUAGCAGAGCUGGCGUUUACUGCCGCUAGUCACUAGCAAUCCGACAUGGUGAAUCCUAUUUGAAGCUGGCGUAGGAUCUUCUGCUGAUCGGCUUCUUGCUCUGCCAGAGGGGGUGUGUCGUGGGGAGGGUGAUGCAGGUUCGGGGGGGAGUUAUCGUGGAGCUCAGAGGGGAGGGCUUUGUGUGUGGGGGGUGGGACGCUUUUUAAAUCUGCCUCAACAGCUCAGUUUUUUAAAACUCACUCUUUCAUACUUGCUUUUAUAUGACGUAUGAUUUAUUUAUUCAUUGAUUUUAUUGCUUGCAUACCUCUUUUUUUUUUACCUUGUUAGUUAUUUGUGUAAUUCUAUUUUAUCUUCAUACAUGUCUUAAAAUUACUUUAAACAGUUUUUACUCCUGCUGUUUUUAGUCUCCUUACCAGUUUCUUAUCAUUUUAAUUCUUUUUUUUUUUUUUUUACCAUUUUCUCGUUUUAAUAUACCUCUCUCCUUUUCCUAAAAUGAUAUAAUCCUAAUUUAGUAAUGACUUUAUACACUAUCACUAUUUACAUUCAGCUCUUGUGCCUUUAUUUUACAUUCAAAUCUAGUGUUGUAGUUUGUUGUAACAAAAGGGAAUGACUCUUUAGUCAAGUUGAAUUUUCUUACGGGGAUUAGUAGAGUUCAUUUUAUAUUAUUUUCCCUUUUCCAAAAAACUCCAGAUACACUUUUUGAAGUUGUGACAACAAAGCAAGGAUCAGCAACAGCAGCUUGGCCUAUAAAUACAGAAAUGGUAGGAAUCCCUAAACAAUAAGUCUUGCACACAUUCGUAAACACAACCUCAGCACUCUGGAUCUGGCAAUUUCACCUCCUGCCCUCCUGUUUAAAAGAUAAAAGAGACUUUUCUCAUGAUGGAAGAAAAAUGGAGGUGGAAUGAAGAAGAGGAGAUGAACAUUUCAGGUCUGAGGUCCAAGUUCCUGCCAUUAAUACCCAAGUGCCCGCUGUGAUUGGUCAUUCAGAGGUCAUCCAUGUGUGUUCAAGCUCUGCGUUCCAUCAGCAGUGACAUUUAUUGUGCAGCUUUCCUCUUCUUAAUCGUUAUUUAUGUAUAUUUAGAAUCCCUCUGUUAAAACAAAAUGACGGUUUGAUUUUAUUAGCAUGACCUUUGAGGACAGGAGAGUUAAUGACAACAUUUUUUAGGGUUUGAGGUUUUGACCUGUGGCCUCAAUCAGCCUUAACAGACUGUUGUCUGGGUGUAAUGAGUUUAGCAGUCAGCCAGUCUCAAUAUACUCAGACUGCAGCACCAUAAAUGGUAAAAAAAACUUAUUUAUGGCGAAGGAUGCUUUUCUCAUUUGCUUCAUUACUCUCAAAUUUUCAGGUAGAGUCGUGCCAGUGUUUCAUGGCUUUGUUAAUUGUGUGGUUGCAAGACUGUUUCCAUGUAGCACACUCGUCCUGCUGUCAGUAUGGCUGUUAUUAUAUAGUAUUCUGGCCAACAUAGACUCUUUUUCUUUGCCCACAGCCUUGGAUUUGCUUUGCUUUUUUUUUAGAAGUAUCUGUAUCUGUGACGUAGGCUAUGCAAAACAUUUUAGUUCGGUCACUCAUUAGUUCCAGUUAUUGUCAGUUAUCCGCCUAAUUAAAGUAAUGCAAGCUGUUGAUGUACCUGUCAUUAUCUGCUUGAAUCUAGUUUUUACUACCAUAAUGUGGAUCUGUUUCACUGUCAAAUAGUGAAACAGAGGGUUCCUUGUGAGUUUAUCCCAACUAUAACACAUUUUUGUCUCGUAGGAUGGGGAGAACAUCUUUUACCUGGCUGUGGAUGACAUAGAGACAGACACAGAGCUCCUGAUUGGCUACCUGGACAGUGAUAUGGAGGAAGAGGAGGAGGAGGAAGAAGAGGAGGACAUUAAAGAUGACGAUGAAAACAGUAAAGAUGCCAAGCACCUUGUAAAAAUGGGUACAGAGGAAUAAGAUCGUGAUUGUGAUAAUCUGUUAACUGGUCUGUUACAUAGUGUCUUUAAAUCCUAACUGAUAUGUGUGUGUGUGUUAAAUCUAUACAGAACUGGUCAUAAAGAAGGAGGACCACCCCUGCUUGCUGUGUGAGAGCAGCUUUCCCAGCGAGGAGAUCCUGGCGGCCCACCUUCAGAGUCUGCACCAGAGGCCCAGCACGGAGGAGAAGGAGUUCAAAUGUAGAAACUGUGGCAAGAGGUUCCCCAUCAAACAGGCUCUGCAGCGCCAGUGAGUUUCUGUUCCUUCACUUAACUGAACUUUUAUUUCAUGUCUGACUGUUCUCACAAGCAACCUGCCGGUCAUUAGGAGGUCUGACAUCAACUUGGCAGCCAGUUAGGUGUAGAAUUGUAAAAAAAAGACCAGGUUUAACAUUUAUUUGGUGCUAAUGCAGAAAAGGCAUCAAUGAUUUCAGAGUAACUGGGAAGAUGUUGUUUCCUGGGAAAUCUAAAUGGAGCUAAAAUCACUGAGGAGUUUCUGAAGCCCAUUUCAAACCUGAUCAGAGUUCCUGUAAACUUCUUGAAAUUACCCUGGUGAGCUGAAUGUGUGAACUGAGACAAUGAAAGGAAUAAUGUCAAAGGCAGUGAAAGUGAAAUGUGGGGUACCUUCAAUUUCUCGUCACAUUAAUAGAAAGGUUUAAAAAACUGUCACUGAAGUGUAUUUAUAGUAGAUUAAAUCUUUUGGAUGAGUUCAGUUCAAGGAUCACAGGUUUAUCCAUUCUUGGAUUUAAUUGUACAAAAUUACAUCAUGACCAAUGCAGCAUCUAUUUGAAGUCAUGAUUCCUGCUGUGAGGAAAUAUUUAUGAACAGUCCAGUCAAGUACAUUUAUGGGUCAGAGCCUCCUGAAAAUUUCCUAAAAUUUUCCAGAAAUUACCUAAGUGGAGUCUCUGAAAAGGACAAAAUGUUUGAGAGACAGACUAAAUUAAAUGUUAAUGCCUCUUUAUGAACUACAAAAGCAAACACUACCAUCAAGACAAGCUUGCCUGUUUCUGUAGUGUUAUUUUUAUAUAAUUCUUUCUGUUUAAUCUUUAAAAGUGUUUAAACUUCAGGUAGAAAGUAAGUAUUUGAUGAUGGUAACUGAGGUAAAACUACAUUAAAUCAAACUUUCUGUUGUAUUAGAUCCAUUCUGAUGAGUUUCUUUACCAUUUAUGGCUGAACUUGUUUUUGUUAUGCAUCUUUUCUUAGUGUUUUGCAUUGUUCAGAGUCUCUGGAUCCAUCAGGGGACUCUAAAGCACACCAGUGCUUGCUUUGCCACAACACAUUCAGCUCCGAAUCUAGGUGAGUAUCACACCAAAAGAGAAAUUAUGUGUAUGCAGUGUUGUAAUGUAAUAAUGUAAAAAGGUUGACAUUGUUCCUUUGCUCUCAUUUUGUCUUGUGUAUGCAGCUUUGAGCAGCAUAAAGAGGCCUGUAAAGGAGACGCCAGGUUCAUCUGUAAAGCAGAGAGCUGUGGUAAAAGGUUCAAGAGCAAGGACGCUCUUAAGAAGCACAAAGGAAAUGUUCACACAGGUAUCUGUCUCCUCCUGUAUGUCUUUGUCUCUUCCUGUAGGACACACAUACUAACAUGUUGCACUUUCCUCUUUCGAAAACGUCACAUUAUGAAGAUGGUUGUCCAUUAGCAGCCUCAGCACUAAAGGGAAGUGCGGGAACAGUACUUGACCUCGAUCAGUUAAAAUCUCUGCAAUGUUGAGACACAUCACUAAUUACUUGCUCUCCGUAAUUGCUGACCUGUGUGUUCUGGGGCGGCUCACUCCUUCAGAUAAUUGGACUUCCAAAGCUAUUUAUGAUGGGAUAUAGGGCAGCGGGGAUCUGUGCAGCUGUACACGUGAAUCAAGUAUCAACCCGAGAUUAAGACAUUCAUCUGAGAGGCUGACGGAGAGCCGGGGUUUUAUGUUUUACAAAUGUGGUCAGGACAAGGGCUGUGUGUGUGUGUGUGUGUGUGGGCGACGGGAAGUGGAUCAGACUUUCAGAUGUGGGGCAUGUGAUUGAGACGGGGAUAAAGGGAGGGUCUCAAAAUGGCAGGGUGGUGGGCCUGCAAUGAGGAGAAUUCAUUUCCAGUUUCUCUUUUUUAUAACUGUUUGAGGAUUUUUUGAAAUUAUCGCCAUACUUCCUGACUUUUGUUCAUUUGUUUGGUCAUUUUUAACCCAGAUUUUCUUUGCUUCCCAGGGAGUGCACGUCGGAAACUCACAUGCAACAUAUGCAACAGAAAGUGCUCCUCCUCUCUGAACCUGCAGCAGCACAGAAAGGUGAGACUCUGCAGCUCAAGUGAUCCCAUCCAGAUACUGUGCACUGGAUCUGAGAGGAUUUACGAAAGCUAAGGCUGUUUUGCAUGAUCCGUUUUUACUGUGAUGUCUGUUUUUUGCAGUUUUUCCUGUACAGUGGAGCCAUCACACUCACACAGUUCCUAAACCUAGUCUCCCCUCUUAAUGUUGUGCUCGUCUCUGCUUCCUGAGCCUCUGAGCUCACUUUCUGUGGUUUCUCCAUCUCCAUGUAGAGGGUGUCUUUAUGAUGAAGUGGUAACAAAUUUAUUCUGAGUGACAAAGAGCAGAGGGCGGUUUCAUUUUCACGAGCUCAUCUCACAAGACUUGUGAAAUUUAAGAGGCUGGGUUGGCAGACAAUUAGGUCCUAACCUUGGCGUCAGUGUUCUCCCUCUUACUUGUGGCUCAUAUAUUUGAACUGCCCUGUUCUAAUACAACAUUUAAGCAUAUAUAUUAAUAAAUGUUUGUUGUGGUACUCUUUUAAGGGCUAAUAUUAGCCAGCCACUAUUUUUUAAGGAGUGGUUGAACCCGCCCAUUGGUUUGAAGCUCCCGGUUUGUUGGCACUUUGUUUUAGAUCCACAGAUGACCACAUUUAGAAAAAUAGAGUGGAGCUGAGGAAGAUUAAGAUUAUUAAGUGAGGGCUUAAAUACAUUAAGUCAUCUGAUCAUGUUAGCACCAGCUUGGUUGGUGAAAUCCAUCUGUAACUCUUAGGGGUAUUAAUUGGGGGCCUGUGUUCAUUAAUGAAGUGUACAAUGAAGUGUUUUCAGUCCUCAGCUCAAACACACUCUUGGUGUUGGCUGAUUUUUGCCACAUUACUCUCAGCUGGAAGUGCCUAAGUACAGAUCUUUGAACACUUGUGAAUAAGUGGAUGAAGUACAUGAAGCUUGCUCAUUUCACACUGUUUGUGCUGGUGUACGGUGAGUGAAGUCAGAGUAGACGCCCUAUGAAGUCCUGCUGGCUAUAGGAAAAAAUUCAUGUUGAAGAUCGUCUUCGAUGGGUUCACCUGCAAAACCCAGACCCUGCAUCCAUCUCAUUUGUAAGAUCUUCAGUACAGAGUUUCUGCUGGGUCUUAAAAAGUCUUCAAACGUUUAAAAUCCAAAAAUUUGAAUUUAAGGCCUUAAACUGUCUAAAAUUCUCUUAAAAGCUCAUAAAAUAUCUGAAAUACAAAUUUGAAAGGUCUUAAAAAAUGAAUUGAUGUUACUUACAAAUAAAGAUUGAUUUAAAGUUAGUUUAAAAUGUUCUGAUUUCCCUUCAUGGCUUUUGUACUAUUUUUGCCAGUAUGGAUGUAAAAUGGAUCUUAAAUUGUAUUCAUUAUGGUCUUAAAAAAGUCUCAAAUUUGUCUUGUUGAAACCUGCAGAAACCUUGUUAGUCCAUGAAAGGGGUUUACUUUUAAUGUCUAAUCAUCUUUGAGGUGGUAGUCACACUUUUUUUGUAAUGCACAAAGCAGGCAAACAAGUCCAGGAUUUAUGAUGUUUUCCCAAUGCAAAUACACGACAUGAGUCAAAUUGCAUUAAAGCUCUUGUGAGGAACUUCUGGUGUGUGUCAACUCUGGCGCCCCCUGUGGACAAAAAAACUUUGCUUAUCUUCAUUCAAACUUUAUUUAUAUAGUACUUUUUUGUACAAAUGAAAAGCUAAUCAAAUAGGAUAACCAUAUUCUGAAUCCCAAAAAAGAGGACACGACUAUGCGUGGGCAGAGUCAUGAAGUCACGUCUAGUAAAUUUUGAGUUUUUCAUGUUGGGUCGAGUGUUUUAUAUGCACUUCUAACUCAGUAAGUCCACGCGAUACAAACUCAAAUCUUCCAUACAAAACCCUGGAAAUUUGAAGGAUUUCAUAAACUCCCUUGGACAAAGCCAGACAAGGCUGGACAGCCCCCCAAAAAGAGGACAUAUCCGGGUAAAGGAGGACGUAUGGUCACCCUAAAUCUAAGUGCUUUACAAAGACAGAGAAUGGGACAUUGACUGUAUCUAUAAAGAAACAGAGGAGGCGGAAACUAAUGCACACUUUUGGCAAUCAAAUAUACAGUAUGUACUUGAAAUAGCAAAGAAAAAGAAAUAAAAAGAAGUUAAACCCUAAAAACUCCUUAAGAUGUACAGUACAUGGUUGAAAUAAUAAUGAAUGCAUAAAGAUAAGUAGUUUACAAACAUCAAAUAAUGGAAACUAGUCUCUUCUAAUACAGAAAAUCAGUCAAAUGUAUCAUAUUUUUUAUAUGUGUUAAAAAAGUAGUCCUCAGCGCAGUUUUAAAAAAAAUCAGUAAGUCUAUGUUGGACUGUUGUGGAAGAGUGCGUCACUCCUCACGCCUGCUUUUGUGCUUUGCAAUAAACCAUCUUUGCUUGUUUAAAGAGAUUAAGAUGCAAUAAAUACAGGUUUCCAGGUAUUCAAAAGUAAAUCAAAGGUUAAAAAAAGGAGAAGGUAUCCAGUCAGAGUGUUUUUCCCCUUGUAGUAUAACUAAGUGUUUUCAGCUUCAGGUUAACUUCAGGUUGGUGGAAGUUAAUGAACGACACUAAUCAGCUCACUUUCUUCAUUAGUUAUCUCAGCGGGUAAUUUUGGAAUGUAAUUUCCUCUUGUCAACAUUUAUCAUCUAGAUAAAUCAGCAGGCAUUAAUCCAAAGAGCUACUUCAGCUCCGUCCAACAUCUAAAGUCACCUGGAAGUGGUGUCAUAGUUCUGCAGCGCCUCAUUUAACCUCUACACCUUCAGGAAAUUUUAAAUAGGUGUUCUUCCUAUGUGGCCUCUUUAUGCAGGUCUUUGGGUGCACCAGUUCUGCUUUAUGUAGCAGAAAUGAUUUCCAAUUAUGCCUGAUUGUCUGGAUCAUUGUCUGUGAGAGAAUCAAGGGUCUGAAAGGCACAGUGUUUCUAUAAAUGUAGGUCAGUGUUACAUUAGAUUUUCACAAAAGAGGUAUUUUUCAGUAACACAUUUAUUAAAGAGAGAAUAAAGUGUUUGUAACAGAUGUCUGCCCUUUAAAAUGUGCAGUGUAUUCUUCUAAGUUGAUAAUUGGAGGCAUUGUUGCAUUGAGUAUUGUUGCAGAGCAGCAAUCAAACUUUCCACAAUAAGACACGAGUUGUAAAGCAGCUUAAAUCUGCCAUUAUCAUCAUUUAGCUGAACAAGCAGCUGUGACAAGAGGAGCUGCUUUGCAUUAGCAUACACUAUUGUAGCUGUACGCCAGGGAACUACUGGAUGUUCAAUUAUUGGAGCCACGCUCUGAAGCAGAAAAAGACUGAAACUUUUCAUCACUUUAAUUGCUUUUCUGUCUGUCUGUAGAAAAUAGACAAGAUUCAGUUUCUGUUGUAGAGUGCAGGCUGAGGUCCUUCAACUUUUACAUGUAAGCUUCAAAAUUAAAAACAAAACCAAAACUUAGAGGGUGAUCCCAGAGUUCUCAGACCAGGGCUUUUGAUAUUUUUAAGGUACAAAGGACUAGGGCUGCAGCUAUUGAAUAUUUUAGUAAUCGAGUAUUCUAGCAAAUAUUCCAUCUAUUAAUCGAGUAAUUGGAUAAAACAUGAUUUUUAUUAGUUAAAGUGCAAUUAUUAAUGUACAAGUAAAAACAGGACAUUUAACUUCAUAAUGAACAAUCAAUUGUUUUCCUUCCCCUCUCAUCAUUCAUUUUUUUUCCGCUCCGCAAAACCGCGCUAACUCCUCAUUCUACUGUGGUGACGUAAGCGCGUGUGUCACCUUGCAAAUAAUCUGUGCAAAACAGUGACGAUUUGAACUUAUAAACCAGUGCUCCAGGCAGAGAAAAUUCCUCAAUCAUCUUUUGUAAUCGAGGUACUUGAGGAAUCGUUACAGCCCUACGAAGGAGUUAUGGCUGCAAACGAGUUGUGUCAGCAAUCAGCAGCAGUAAGACUGGCUUUAGUCAAGGAAAUGCAGUCAUGUCUAAAUAUACCUGAACAACUCAGGGUCAUAAGCAGUGGUUAUGAGCCAAAGUCUUGAACAACCCUUUCAUUUACUUCUGAUUAAGUGUUCAAAAUAUGUUGAGGUAUGUGAAUGAAAAUAUAGGGGUUUACUUUUAUAGGUAUGAAAAUAUAGGGCCCAGGUGCAGAACCACCAGAGUCCAAUGCUGUCUUGUUUCCUGUGCUAUCCAGGUACAUGAAAUCUUUGAGUGCCUUGCAUGUGACAAGAAGUUCAUUUCUACAAAUCAACUGAAACGCCACAUGAUCACACACUCAGGUAAGAAGAGUCCCACUUAAAAACAUCACUCCUUAACCCUUUUUUUGUCCUUCAUGUUUUUUUAUUCUGAAAUUCUUUUAACUUAUUCCUAUAAUUCAGAGAAGCGACCGUACACCUGUGAGAUCUGCAGCCGCUCGUUCAAACGUUUGGACCAGGUGACGGCUCAUAAGAUCAUCCACAGCGAGGACAAACCGUACAAAUGUAAACUGUGCGGGAAAGAGUUCGCUCACCGCAACGUCUACAAGAACCACAAGAAGGUGAGCCGCCGAAGUGACACAUGAUAAUUGUUGUUUCUUUAACAUGGAGGGGAUUUUCUUUCUGAGAGAGAUAACUUCAAAGCUUGAUUUAUUAGUGAGGCUGUAAUCAAUCAGGGUCUCGUUGGUGGUGGUUAUCUGUGGGGUCUCUGGCCUGCUCCACCCCUGAGGUCCCCUCUGUUUACUUUGAAGAUUGCCGUGUCACUCAGAUAGAUAGGCUGGGCACGGGGAGGGGGGCAGAAAAACAGGAGCACUUUGAACUUAAAGCCCCUCAAGCUGCUUGUCUUCAUCAAGUCAACAAACCAAAUCAGCCAUGGAGCCUCGGAGUGAUCCUCUCACAUCAGUUCAAGAAGCUGCAUCAGCGUCCACACUGGGGCAGGCGGCGCCUCUGUUUACUCUUUAAAAACAUGCUGCUGCUCCAUCUCUCUGCAGACCCACUCUGAGGAGAGGCCCUUUCAGUGUGAGGAGUGCAAAGCUCUGUUCAGGACCCCCUUCUCUCUGCAGCGUCAUCUCCUCAUCCACAACAGUGAGUAUGAGUGCCUCACAGGGACACAUCAGGACAUGUUUAGGUUGUGUACAGGGCUGUAGUCAGUCAAAGAAAUAUACCCAUGCAUUAACCAGCUGAUAGGAGAUUGAGAGAAACUCAGAUCUUGAUCAACUUAAUGCAUGGUGAGUGCACCUUGACACCUUAUGACAGCCCGGCGGUCAUAAUAUGCUAGCAGCCUGUGUUUGAUUUUACCCUGUGGCCCAUUUCUUGCAUGUCAUUCCCCAUCUAUCCCCCAUUGUCCUGCUCCAGCCACUGUUCUCUAUCUGUCAACCAAGCCCAGAAAAGCCAAAAUAACCUAAAAAGAAAGACAGCUCUACUUUCACAGAUACAGGACGUGGGAAACAGGGCAUAACUUCAUCCCCAGGGGUUGUUAGAAUCAACUCUAACCAAAAGUUUUUUGUGGCAACUUGAAAAAAGUCUUGAUAUGCUUGUCAUCUCUGGAUAAUGUGCUUACUGGUAGGGCUGGGCAAUAUGGCCACAAAUCAACAUCAUGAUAUAUUGAGCAGUUCACCUUGAAAACGAUAAAUGGGUGAUAACUACUCCAGAAGCUGUUCACCCCCUCCCACAUUAACUUUGUCUACUUCAGGCGCUGCAGUCGCUACAACUUUUGAACCGUCCUCCAUCUCCUCACCUGUCUUUCCCUCUUUGUUACGGACUGGAUGAGGUGGAGUCACGUCUCUGAUGUAGGACAGCGUCUUAAAGGGAUAUGAGACCAUAGCCUUCCUACACACAUCCAAAACCAACUUUUAUUUAUUUACUUAUUUAUUUUGACACAGAAGAUAUUGACAUGGGGAAAAUAACGUCGGUUGUUGUUGUAAAUUUUGGUAUUGGUAAAUUUUUGGUUUAUUGCCCAGCCCUGCUUUCUAGCACAGCAUUACAGCACAAUAACUACUUAGAACUAGGCUAUAAACAAAGUAUCUUAAAGCUUAAAGCUCCUUUGUGGACAAAACAGUCUUUGCUUGUCUUGUCCUCUACUUGACAAAAAAUCUCAUCAUUCUGACUUUUAACAGUCAAAAAUAUCAUUUAUUGUGACUGUUUUGUGUGAAAAAAUAAAACCAGGGCUGUUUCUUCACCCCACUUACAUCCACCACCUCGUUCCAGUGUCAUGCGUUAGAAAUUACAAUAUAAAACUCAUCAGUCUUGUCACUGAUAAUCUUCUUUGCUUUUCUAUGUCAUAAAGACAUCAAAAGUAAUUCCAGUCCGGUUCAUAAAUGUAAAAAAACUCCCCACAAGAGCUUUAAGAUAAGUGUUUUGGUCUCAUUUUCUAACUAUGAAAAUCCUCUUGUCCCAGCCUGAACUUAAAUAUUUUUUAAUACCAGAAUGCACAUAUCAGUGUGAUCACACUACCUAUACAAACUUUUACUCUUAAUCGCAAACAGGAAAGUGGUGCACUUUUUAGACUAACAUUUUAAGACAAACUUGCUGCAGGUAACACAAGAUAAGCUCUUUAAACUUGUCUUUCCCAUUGAAGUUAUAUCUGUGAUUGCCUGACCAAUGACAAUUUGGUAGGUCCGGAGCUUAAUGACCACCUAAUACACCUACCGAGUGGAGGGUGUCAGCCCCACAGACAGUGGAGCCUUUGCAGGAUGCAGUGCUGGUCCUCCCAUUGAGACAGAUAACAAAGAGACUGUAAAGCUAAAGGCAUUUCCUGCUGCUGUCUCAGGAGGAAGGCUAUAUAACACCAGAGCUCAUAUAAAGAAUCGACUUCUGGACAGUGAGUGUGUGAUCUCACUGUAGGUGUGUGUCUUGGUGAGUGAAUGUUGUAGCGACAUGUAAUCGCUACAACAUUCCCUGUAAAAAGUGCAGCAUCAGGAGUUAAAGUUUGAAGUAUUUAUAUAAACUCAUGGAUGGAACAACAGUUUCACAUUUUUAUCCUGACUUUCUUGUCCUGUUUCAAGAGUGCCUUUUAUUGAGUGGAUUAGACAGUGGAAGUAGCAAAGAGCGCACGAUUUAAAUGCUUAGAUAAACUGUGCCUUGCAAACUUGGAUAUGAGAUAUGCUUUCUCCCCCUUAAUCAGAUUCUCAUUGCACUUUUAACUUGACUAAAGUUUUUAAAAUAGCUUGUUUGGGCCAGAAAAAUGUUAAGGAGAUGAGAACUGUUACGUGGACUGUAAUACAAGGCUUUCUGUUAUUAUAAGUCUCACUAACAAAAUUAUCUGCAGGAGUUUUGAGAAGACUUUGCUGCUUCAUGGCAUCUACUUCAGCAGUAUGAAACAUGCAAACAAAGACACAAACCAAUGUAAAAGCAGUCCCUUUUUACUAAAAGGUUGCUUUUUACAUUCAACCCCACAGUGAGUUAAUGUUGCUGUGUAAGUUUACAUUACAUUAUAUUACAGUUACAGACACAGGACAUGUGCCCUGACUUUUAAGUUUUAUGCAUGGGGUAAUACAACAAAUUGUUCACAGUGAUGCUGCUUCACCUUCGCUCCUCAACAGUCUGCCUCUGUGAGAUUCACACCAGCCUAACACAGUCCCAUCUUCAACAUGAGAUGUAAAAAGGCUGCUCCAACAGUUGAGUAAAACAUACACACCAUUGCUAACAUACUGUAAGUAAAGUGCACGGUUAGUAAAAGACUGGUGCCUCUUUCACACAUGAACUCCUGACAAUUUCCAGACAUUCAGGUGCUUGAAUUUUCUGGACCUGCCUUCUACAGAUCCACUUCACAGCAGGAGACUGUCUGUGUUGGGUGCUCUCUCACCCAGUUUGGUUUAGGUAUGGAAGGGCUGCCUGUGCAGAGUAUGCAGAAGAGAGGGAGUCUUUAGAAAUGGUCCGUCUCUGUGUUAAAAGCUGGUUUAAACAAAUACGAUAGUAGCAAAAACCUACCAGCAACUGAGGUUAGCAGCAGAGAGUACAAAGCAGAACUUUUUUUUUUUUUGCACAGCAUGAACGUUAUCACACCACCGCCUCGCUUGUGGUAAAUGUUCCAGGCUUUUACCUGCUGCAUUCAAACUCUGAGACUCAGCGCUUCAGUUUCAGAGAUUUCCUGGUGUGCAGUGUACGGGUGGAUGCAGAGCCGGCCCAAGCCUCAAUGGGGCCCUAAGAAAAAAAUGAUUUUGGGGACCUCUAUUUCUGCCAAUAAUAUUGAUUGUUGAUUUUUCACACACCUUCACAAAUCGCUUUGAUUAACAUUCCAUGACAUGCCUUUGCAUACCUUUAUCUUGGCGUUUUUUCUCUUCUUUCUCUUUCUUCCUCUUUCUUUUCUCUAGUCCUAAAGGAUAUGUCUUUUUUGUGACAUUGUUUUGCCCCUCAACUACCUGUGCUUUGGAUGCUCAGUGCACAUUGCACAGCAGGAGGCACAUAACAGUAGCGGAGCUUUGACAUAUCGGCAGUAAGAAUCAUAGGCCUACAUCGGCAGCAGCACUAAAAUGUUUUUACUUUAUUUUAUUUUUAAUAAUAUAUAUUUGAUCAAACAGAAAGCAUCACUCUUACAUGCAAAAAAUAAAAAAAUAUUACAAGAAAAAAUUUUUUGAUUGCUCCUGGGGCCUCCUAUUGGCCGUGGGGCCCUAAGCAGGCACUCAGUUCACUUAUGCCUUGGGCUGGCUCUGGGUGGAUAAUUUCUGGGAGGAAUUUUGUCCCAUACAGUUGCUGUUUGAACCCUCUUCCUUCCCUGAAACACACCUUCUUCUAGCAAGCAGCACAAAAACUCUAACUAGAAAUCUCACCAAGAAACAAAUACAGUCAACAGUAUAUGAACUGAGACAUACCUUGCUUCAGUGGAUUUAUAGUACAUAGCUAUCUAACAGCAAAUUGACAAAAAUAGCCAUUAAUACUGUAAAAACUUCAGUAGAUAAAUGUUUUGUCUUUCCUUGUCCUCUCUGUUGAUUCUGGGUCACUUUUGAUGCACCAGACUGUUGCAGGGUUUUCAAUGCUGUGAUAGCAGCAGUGUUAUUGUCUAAUGUAAGAGGUGCAGGACAGUGAUGACCUUUUUCCCCCCUGUACUGUCCUUUUAAUGUAGGCUGUGGACAUAUUUUGUACCCCAUAAUUCAUAAUCAGAUUGACUGCUCCAACAUUUAGUGGAUUAAGAUCACUGUUGCUGGUGGUGGCUAGGUGGACCAGCCCAUCUGGUGUUUGCCAGAAUUGCCAGAUUGUCAGUCUGAGCCUGCUAUCAGGUGUUAUGAUGGAUAAUUAUCAUGGAAAGAUAUUUAACCUAGAUAUAGAUCCUCGGGCAGCUGUCAGUUGGGAAGGAUUUUCUAACCAGCUGCUAAAUUUUAACCACAAAAUAUAAAAAAGUACAUUUUACAUCUGUCAGUUAAUUUAAAAGCUAAUACUUCCUGGGGAUUAUGUUCACUUGUGGUUGUUUUGUUUGAAUCCUGCAAAAUAUUUGAUCUAUUAUAGGUCAAAGAUUAAAGACUGUUGUUUUCUUCUGAAAAGAGAGAGUGGUAAACUGCACAUCUUUACAUAAGAGGUCCAGACUGUGCUGCAGUUAUAUUUGAGAAAAUAUAAUUGAUGUCUUAUCUGUUAUUAUUUAGCAACUGGAUGAUGGGUGACAUUUUCUCCAAACAUUUGUACGUUUGAAAAAUCUGUUUUGAGGUAAUGUUUGUUUGGAUUUUAGUGGUUUUUCAAGUCUCAAUGAAACCACAGGAAAAGUCCGCCAGACUCUCUCUUCGUGGACCAGGAGGGGUAAAAGGAAAAAAUUUGUUAGGCUCAAAAGUAUGCAGAAUGUACGGCUGCAAAAAAUUAUCUUACUGUGGAUUGGGGCCAUUUCUUGACCAAGAAUCUUUUGCAUUAUUUACCCCUGAUAUCUACUUGGCUUUAAGAUUUUACAAAGCAAGUUACACCAAUGAUAUUUAAGUAAAAUCAAAACAGCCACAAACUUCUGCAGCCCUGUGCAGUUUGCUCCAGUUUUGCACUGUGAUCUAGGUGAGCUGUUAGCAUCUCUUCUCCCUGCUGCACAGUGUUGUCCUGUACUCUCCUUUGACUCUUUCCACAUAUAUGAUGAGCUCAAGGGAGAGGGAACCUCCUCCCCAGUAUGUUGUGGAGUUGAUUCAUGACAGAUUUGACACAAAUUUAUUGUUUUAUACUUGUUUGAAUAGGUUAGCAGUAGGGCUUCAUGAUAAUAAUAAUAACGGUAAUCAGAAUAUUUGAUUACGACAAUCUUAAAAAAAAUUUAAAUCGUCAAAUCGAUUUUCCUCUCUAUCAUGUCUUGGGCAUCCAGGCCACCAUAGGCUCCCCUUCCUGCGGGAGCGUUCCCCAGUUCCCACAGACACCAGUGUAAACAUAUGUUUGUAAAAGAAGGCGAUGAUUUCGUGGCCAUGCUCCGUUCUCUUCUUCUGUCUUUUGUGCAUUUCCUGGGCAGCGUUACAACAUCACUUACUGGCUUGGGGUAUGCACUAUGUGCUGCUUUUCAGUGGUUUUGUUUUGAGAUGAUAGAAAACCUUUUUAUUUUUAAAGUGAAGUUUUGUGAAGUCACUGAAUAAUUAAAAAAUGGGUUUUCGGAGAAAAAAAACAGAAUUUUAUUUUUGGCCAAAAUCGUGUAGACCUAGUUAGCACAAAGCUGCAUGUAUAUUUAAAAAAAAAAGGUUAUGGGGCACGCUGUUGCAGCCUGACUGUAUGUGUUUAUGUUACCUGCUAAAUUUCUAGUGACCUUACGGUACCUUUUGUUAUGUGCAGUUGAUGACAGCCAGAGCAAGAAAUUGUAAACAAAACCUAAAAACAAGAGGACAAUCCUGAGUGUAUGUUAAUGAAUUACACAGUGUGUUUAUGUCUGUGCAGGCACGUGUGUGGUGUCAUACCGCGGUAAUGGAAUCUCUAUGUGAGGGUGCUGUUGACAUUAAUUAUCGUGAAGCGAAGGUGUCGAUUUCAUACAGAACAUAAUGAACCUCAGCUUUCACUGCUGUUCAUUUUAUUAAGCUGACCAUCAUCGUCCUUGGUAAUACAAGAGCAGGCAUAAGCUUGUAACCACUUGCUCCCACCAACCUCGGACACACACACACACACACACACACACACACACACACACACACACACACACACACACACACACACACACACACACACACACACACUAAUAUACACUAUCUAUCUCUCUUUCUCGAUCUCUCUCUUUCUCUCUCUCUCUCUCUCUCUCUCUCUCGAAGCUCCUCUCUGGAAAUUGAAUGAUCUCCAUAUAAUGGAAACAACUACUCUCCAACAAUAGAGGCUGUUGUGUGGAGCAGUGAGCAGAGGCGUGAAGGGAAACAUCAGGCUGCUCUCUGAGAACAGCUGACACUGUCUGAGGACUGUCUGUCUGCACUUUUAGUGCUUUUCACUGAAGGAUUAAUAAAAAAGCCAUGUUUUCUGCUCUGACGUUUGGAUGAAACAUGUGGCAGAGCAGUUAGUUUUACUGUGUCCCCUGGGAUGGAGGCUACGGAUUCACAAAAAGACAACUUCUGUCCCAAAAAAACAGAACCAGACUUUUCUAAAGACCAUUGUUUGGGGUUGUCUGGUGCAGUGAAAUACCCCUCUUUGUGUUUUCUGCCCACACAAUCGCCCCUGUCAAAUUGGUUCCUCUCUUGCUGUGCAUGAUGACUGAGUGUUUACAGACUCAACAAUAGAUAACUGGAAAUGGCUCUUACAAAUGUUCCUGCAGGUGAGAGGACAUUCAAGUGUGACCAAUGUGAUGCCACCUUCAAGAGGAAGGACACGCUCAACGUGCACAUCCAGGUGGUGCAUGACGGCCACAAGAAGUACAAGUGCGACCUGUGUGAGAAGGCCUUUGUCACUCCGUCUGUCCUCAAGAGCCAUAAGAAGGUAAAGACGACAAAAAAAAGCUGCAACCAGACGACCUCAAUCAGAGACUGUGAUUGCAUGUCUGCAAAGCUGUUAUUCUGUCCAAAAAUUGAGUCCAAGCAGCAGAAUUGUUGUAUUUAUUUGAAUUUCAGACACACCAGCUGGAAGAUAACAUAUUAAAUCCUUUGAAGUUAUCCUGAAAGUAAGAUUUACUCUAAUGUUGAUUGGUAAAGCAUUUAAGAAACAAAUCUUUAUUUUAGCGUGAAGGUUUCAAGCAUGUUUCAUGAGUGCUGAUCAAGUCUUAAUGUGGGUUUUUAAACUGUCAUGGAGUUAAAUAUCCCAGGAUAAAUGUUUUUGCCCAUUGCUUCAGUGGAUAGACAAACCGAGUCCUUUUGAGCAAAACAUGCUUAGAUCAGUCGUCAUUUGUCACUCAGGGGUUGUCAGUGUGUCACAUAGACACACGUGAUAUCCUGCCAGCCUGCUUAAGUGUAUUUUAGCUGCUCAGGUAUAAUGCAAAUCAGCUUUAAAUUUAGGACAACUUUAAGUUUUUAGUUGAAGAGGGACAAGUUUUGCUGACCAUGCCACCCUGGAAAUGAAGAACUGUGGUCUUGCAUGGAAUAAUCUGAUAGACAAAACAGUCUGGCAAUUGAAAGGGCUGAGCUGACAGGCAACCAGUGUGGCUAACACACUAACUAGUGAUGUUUAACUCAUGUGGUAUAACCUCAUUUAGAAGAAUACUAAAACAUUCCUUUAAUACAUCUAUUUAAGUGAAACAUUUUCGGUAUGAAACUUCCCCAAACUCUGUUUGAAAGUUGUGUGCAGCAUGUGGCUGCAAGUAUUAUUUUGCACUGUCUUAAUUUGCUUCAUUGGUAACACCUCUGGUCCACACGAAUCUCACCUGUUGUGAUAACACAAUAUUAUGUGAUAGAUUUUAUAACCUGAUUUGUUACUUGGGCAUCUGAGGUGGCUGAUCAAUACAACAGAAUUAAACACAAACAAAAAUACAGACUUUAAUUCUUUUUUAAAAAUGCUCUUUUGUUCCGGGGUUGUCCAAGGCAGGUUAAAAUAAUGGAAGUCACUCAAUCGUGGUUCUAAAUCACAUUUGCCACGAUCAAUCAGAAACCAUCAUACUGGACUUAAAACAUAACAAAACAUAACAUUCCUGAAAUGCCUCUUCAGCUCCAUGUUUAAACCGACGCCUCUCUUGAGAGCAGAGCAGCUAACUGCUAAUAUCUUACUGUCAAACCUGGCUGAGACAACCGUCCUGAGCGUUUCUGCCCAUGACGGUUUGGAAAUCAGUUCUUGUGUUGAUUUGAAAUGGCAGUUAGUCCAUUAGCUCUGCAGGGCUUCAGAGCCCCAAACAGAUCUGGCUGCAGAUUAGGAGCCCUGAAUCUGACAGCGUCCGGUGUGGUUAUGGAUCGAGAUUGAAACCAAACAGUUUCUUGGCACACAGAGAAAGAAAACGUCCCGGAGGUUGUCUCAGAACAGUAGGGCUGAAGACUCGGGCAUGUUGAACUGUCUCUCUGCUCACGGGGAGUGAAGGCUGCUGGGAGAUCUGGACUUGAUCAAAGCCAGGUUGCUGAGGAGACGACAUCUUGCAGGCUGUGUUUACAUGCGCAGAGCAACCUCGCUUCAGGCCAAACUGAUGUUGACGUCUUCUUUAAUGUACACAGAGAUAAUCUGCAACUGUUUGUCUGAGCAAACUUUGGCCCUAAAAUGAUCACUUACUUCUCUCAGCCAUGUUUGGUCUGCAUCAAAGUCCAACAGUAGCUCUGCGUACUUUAGUAAUUUGACCUUACAUAAUACAAUAGAAAGAAAAUGGAACAAGAUGAGUACUUGAGCAUUUAAAAGACGGACCUCUGAUCAAGUGAUCUGACCAAAAUCAGGGUAACCUCGACUUUCUUGACUAGACCAAAACAUGACUUUUGUUUACAUUGUAGAUUGGAUCAGACCAACUGUGGUGCAGAGGCUUGCUAUGAAACCAAGAGCAGAGAAAACAGGGAAUUAUCACUUUAAAGACACUGUUAUCAUACUUUUGAAAAAUAUUUUUUUGGUUAAUAAAUUUUGUAUUUCUUCUUCUUCUUCUUCUUCUUAUGAUUAUUAUUAUUAUUAUUAUUAUUAUUAUCAUCAUCUAUACCUAAUAACUUUUGAAUUUCCCUUCAGGGAUAAGUGAAGUUCUUCUUAUUCUUAACGAAACAACAUAUGACACUUAUAAUGGUUCAGUUUACCUGGCUAAAUAAAGGUUUAAUAAAAAAUGACAUUUCUUAGCUAAUGGGACAACAAUUCAGAUGACUGAGUUUUAUUUGCACUUGUCUCUGGCAAAGCCACCAAAGCCAACAGAUCAGAUACCUGUGACUCAAACCAAAUGCACUCUGAUUAUAUGUUGUUCUGUCAACUUUUAAAUUAACAGCAAACCAUUUUGUUAACCAGGGCUGUUGCAGUCUACCAGUCUUUUCUAAAAGUCUUAAUAAUGAUAAUGACAUGAUAAUGGGUAUGAUAUUGGUAAUAAUGUGAGUAAGCUGGACAACAAAACCGACUUUCAAGAUUUAUUGUUAUCGUUGGGUGACAAAUCAAUUUAACAUUUCCACUUCCUUACUGUUUAUUAAACUGUUUUAUCUGAGGAGCACACUUCAAAAUGAAACCUUUUUUUGACCUUGCAGGUAACCUUAAUGCAAGACAGAAAACUGUCAAAUUAAAAGCAUGAAAGUUAUUUAUGAGGGUACUGUCUGUUCCAAAGACGUUUAUGUCUAAGGGCUGGUGCUGUGGAUAAAUCAUAAACUUGAACACUAUAGUAUUCUGAAUAACCAUUGUAUAUGUUAAAAAUAUUAAAAUGCUACAAUUUCAGAUUCAUAAAUUUGUCAGGUUUCUUCCCCCUUUUGUGAUAACAAAUUCAAUAACUCUUGUCUACAAAAAUAAAUAAAUGAAUAAAUAAAAACAUGAAACAUUGAUUUACAUCUUUUACCAUUUUUCCAUUCCUCAGUAAAAGUGAGCGUUAAGGAACUUAGUUUUGAGAAAAACUUGUCACUGUAGGUAAAGGUGAUUUUCUUUUAUGAAUGACUUUAGUUGUUGUGUCUUUAUUUCCGUGAAAACGUCAGUGUAAUGCAGUACACAUGCAGUAGUUGCUUGUGUAUUUAGGUAGGAAAGUGGUCCAUAUCUGGCAGAAGGGUAAGGUGUUAAAUAUCUCUCAUGUUUGACGGUAAAUCUUCCUCCUCAGAGAGCCUGGAUCUGUGUUACAUGAGAGGGCGUGUGUGUCAGCAUGUGUGUGCAUGUAUUGUCUGUUUUGUAGAGGAUCAUAUCGCCUCCAUUCCUGCAUGAAAAUUACAGGUUACAUUUCAAAUCAAACAGAUCAUUGAAACAUAAAAAUCUGAAGAAUUGCCUGCAAGUCCCAAUAAAUGUCCACUUUUACGGUUUGAAAUGUGAGAUACCUGAGUUGGGAUGUUCAGUGGUUGAAGUUAAAAUAGCAGGGAUGUUUUCUCUGCUGUAACAGAAGAGUAGAUAAUGCACCACUGUUCCAUUUGGCCUCCAUGUUUGUGUGCGUGCAGAUUUGUUUGUGCAGGAGUGUAAGUGUGGAGAGUGUGUCUGCAUGUGUGUGUGUGGAAGGAGCCUUUGUAACGAAACACCCGAGGUGUCAGAGGAACACAGUGGGGUGAUGGAGGAAAGGAUGGGGGCCCAGAGAGGAGGUGUUCCUGUAUUGUUGUCCUGCUGUUGAAACUGUCGCUCUGAGUUUGAGCUUUUCAUACUCUCGAUUAUUCUGUACAAGCAGCCAGGGGGAGGAGGGAUUCAGAGCAAACUUUUCAACAAGGAGGGUGAGAGAGGGGGAGGCAGAGGGAGAGGUAGAGGAGGUAACACGCUCUUUCCACAUGCCUGUCCUCUGUGUUUGCAUGUGCAGACCUUAUGAGCCUGCAGAGCUCGGCAAUGUGGAGUGCUGGGAGGUAAAGAGGAGAGGAGGAAGAGGAAGAAGGAGGAGGAGGAGGAGGAGGAGAUGAAUGCAUUCAUGCACCUUGGCCUUUAGUCCCUGGGGCUUUAGACCCUGGCAAAUCUGCAUCGUCUGUGUUCUUUGAUCCUGCCUUCAGGGCAACUCAGUGGAUCUACUGUCAUGCAAACAUGUGCAUCUCCAUUUAGACACUAUUACUUAGUUAUCUGUGCAUUCUUAACCCACUCAGACAGAGCGUUUACAAAUAUGCUCUUAGGACUGCUUUUAAAGACAGAUCUUGAUUCUGAAGUUGCUUUAACGAAGAGAAAUCAGAUUAUGUUCGAAUAUACAGCAUGAUAAAUCUGAUUUUCUCUGUUCUGAUAAGUCAAAUGUUCGGAUGUUGAGUCCCAGCUAUCACAGCUGAUCACAUUUUGCUUUUGCUGUCCAGGAUGGAUGUUACAAAUGUUUCUCUUAACAUCUACCACAUGUCUGCUUUCUCCUCAGACUCACACGGGGGAGAAGGAGAAGAUCUGCCCGUACUGCGGACAGAAGUUCGCCAGCAACGGCACGCUGAGGGUCCACAUCCGCAGCCACACAGGUCAGUGCAACGCUUUGUGAAAAUCAACUUCCAAUCAGCUGUUAUUAACAUCGUCAUAAUAUACAAAGGGUGAUCACAAGAAUAAGAACCAGGCUUUAACUCUAAGCUCAGGUAAAACUACUUUAUUCACACAGAAGGUGGUUUUUCUUCAAUCUUCUUUCUAAAUCUGAAGAUUUUAUCCACCGCACAUUUUCUUUUUUAACAUCAGAAGCAGCUAUAGCGCUCUCUCCAUCUGUCUGGUCUCUGCUCUGCUCUGGUUGGUCUCUCCUAGUAUUUUAACAUGCUGUUCAGCCGAACUAUGGUCAUAACUCGAUUAGGCAAUUUAACUGGACUUCUGUCCUCGUCCUUGAUUACAAGCACCAGGCAAAAAUCGCAUUACUGUUGAGUCUAUUACAUAGAAAAAAAAAUUAGCAAGAAGCUGAUGUUCUACAAAAAAACACAUCACUUUUGCAGCUUUGGACUGUUUGUUUGUACGAUGGUAAAAGUUUCAUUUUUUAUGUCCUGUGCUGCAAGAAAUCGACCCAAACACAGGCGCUAAAAUAAGCAGAAUGAAAAAAACAUUUUGUCGCUGAUUACCUGAGUUUACUGUGUCGGUCAUAAAUGGCAUUAGUCUACAGCCUGUUCUCUACUCCUGCGCUGGACCUAAACUUAAACGCCUGCAUCAGUAAGACUCAUGAAAAGCCUUUACCCACUCAGAGAAGUGAACUCUAGGUCUACCAUUUUAGACCUGACACAAAGCCUAUAAAAUAGUGCAAUGACAGCAUCCUACUGUUUAAGGCUGUAGUCUUACAGUUAUAUGAAUUGUUGCUGAUAUCUGUUUUGUCUUGCACACUUUAACCUUAAUUGUGUUUUCUCUUCGUCCUUUUAAAAGCACUCUUUUUAUUUAUAACCACAUGGACUUGAAUUUUAAUGCCAUUGAAUAUUUUUUUGCAAUGGUGAUAAAAGCAUUUAUUUAUUUAUUCAUUCACAACAUGGACACUAGACCUGCAAAUGCUCUCUCCUGGUAGCGGACGUCACCACUGCCCCCCACUCUCUGCCUCCGUAGUUGUGCAGUCCUUCUCCUCCAGAGUCUCUCCUCUUUUCUUCUCUGCCGUAAUUGCAGUUUGAUCGACUGCUGCAUGACACAUAUCAUCUCCAACUUAAUCUAGUGCUCAUGACGGUGUCGGCCACUCUGGUUUGGAAUAAACGGAGAGGUAUAAACCAGGCUUAAAGGCGUCCCUAUUUCAGAGUCAGAUAAAAACCUCAUGUGUUACAUAAAUACCCACUCUACAUAACACUCGAUGCUCCACUCCUUCAGUCUGCUGAAAAGUUGUUUACACACAGUUCACAACCCUGAUUAAUUUAAAUCCACGUGUGCAUGCAGCUAUUUAGUAAUCUGAUUAUUUUGCACUGGUGACAGAAGUUACUCCCUAACUUUUCCUUAUCAGUUUGAGUGUGUGUGUGUGUGUGUGUGUGUGUGUGUGUGUGUGUGUGUGUUUAGUGAAGAUGCAAUUUGAAGACUCUGACAGACACUGGAAGAAAUAAUGCAGCUUUCAGUUGACUCAUAGAAAAAUCAAACCCAAAUAACAUGAAAACUAACACACACAGAACUAGAAUAUUUUGUCUGGUGGUAUAUCGUAUUGUCUCAUUUACCAAGUAAAGAUUUUUUUCAAAUUAAUUGGUAAUGUGAAGUCAAAUCUAUGAUAAGGGAAAAAAAAUAAAUGGAUAAAUAAUAAUAAUAAUAAUAAUAAUAAUAAUAAUAAUAAUAAUAAUUUUGCGUUAUAUAUCAGACAUCAGCCGACCUGCUCUUUGGCCAUUCAAAACAAUAUUGCUCAAACACUAAUAUACAGUUUGCAGGUAUGAUGCAGGCUGGUGAUUGUGAGUUACUAUGGUAACCAAAAGCUCUUUAUUUUAACCCGAUAAAACAUGAUAAAAAAAAAAGUUCUGGAACAGGGUCCAAGUUUUAUUUUCUGAACACAAUAAAAACAAAUAAAUCAGAUAAAUUAAUAACGUUGAAAUUAAUGAAAUUAAUCGGUGCAUGAUGCCUAACUAAUAGAUCACAACAAAAAAACAAAAGAGGAAUUGAUAAACAACAAAAUAUGAUGGAGAAAAGUCACUAUUGGUGCAUUAUUGUCUUGAUAAUUGAAAAAAAGUUAGUGUGGACAAACUCCAUCUUCGAGUUUAGCUGUAACAAUGCAAACAUACCAGAGGCGGUCAGGAUGCUAAGAGAUGUCUGCCACUUUGGCCUUGUCACCUGUUUCUUAAAUUCUAAAGACUUUUUAGCAAAACCAACAUGAUAAUAAUUUGUAUUUACUCUGAAGUAUGAAAUAGUUUGUUUUGAAAGUUGGAUUUUACCAUAAUAAGGGAGAAAAGUUCAUCAAAAGUGGUGUACUCAACCACAUCCGAAACUAAAGGAGUCUGUUAGCGAUACACACCAUUUACCUUUUUCUCCAAGAAUAUGCUACAGCAGACUUCCUUGGACUGAUAUACAUGCCAAAGAAGAAGCUGCUGGUCGGAGCUUCCAACUCUCUGAUUUUACACCAUGAAACACGUGAAUGAGUGUCCGAUUUAAUCAUGAUAGGAUUUCAGCCUGAUGCCUAGGGCUGGGUAUUGCCACUGAUUUCCUGAAUCAAUUCGAUUUCGAUAUGACUCAAUUCAUGAGAAAAUUAAAGAUCAAUCUUUAUAUAUAAUUAAUCGAUAUUGAAAAUUUUUAAUAAAAAAUUGAUCUGAAUCGGAAAAUCGAUUUUUUUGGACCCAGCCCUACUAAUGUCGUCCUGCUUCAUUACUCCAGUCUUUGCUCAGCCUCAGAGAUGGAGCACUGGAUGUUUAUUAAACUGCUUUAAACUGGAAGGACACACAUUCCUGUGUGUUUCCUUACCAACAGACUGCUGCAGAGCCCUGGCACACACACGUUCACACACACACUCUCUCUCUCUCACACACACACAUGCACGCACAGUUCUUGGCCUCCAAACUCCUCCACUCACUCACUCUUUCAUUUUCUCUUUUUCUCUGCCAUCUCCUGGCUCUGUCCCUCCUUUCCUCACUCCCUCUGAAUGUCUCCUCUCCUCUUUCAUGUGGUCUUCUUAUUGUCCUCUUGUUUUUCUAGGAUUUAAUAAACGCUUUACUCUGCUUGCUUUCUGGCAUCAGACACUCCUGCUGAAAAGCCCUUAAAUGGAGAUCUAGUGUUUUAAAACCAUGGCCAUGUUCUUGUUAGAACUAUUAUUUCCACAUAUUUUGGUCCAUAGGAUCGGUCUCUUUAAAACGUCCUGACUGACUUCACAAAAUUGCUUUAAUGGCCGCAACUCUUUUUCCUUUAAAGAAUCCAAACAUGUCCACUCAAAGUGUUUAGCUGUUAUUUUUAGUGUCUGACAAAAUCACAGAAAGGAUAUCCAGACCUAUGUAUUCAGAGGAAGAUGAUCUGUUCACAUGAAAUGGCAACUUUCCUCAGAAUUUAGUGGUGCACAACACAACAAAUGUAUAACACACAAACACAAAAUAACAUAUAGUGAGUUUUUUGUGAACUUGGCUUUUGAAACUGUAACUCUUCACCUACUGGUUUGAUUCUUCGUGCAUUGAUGUUAGUUCUCUUAUUGUGGUGUAAUUCAAGGGUUCCCAAACUUUUCAAACUAUGACCCCCAAAAUAAGUGCAAGACAUGCGUGACCCCCACUGUGUUUUGAGUCAGUUACACAUUGUAAUUACCUCAGGGGUCACGUGACUACAAAGAAAAGCAGGAAACUGAUAAAUAUUAUAAACUAGAUAUCAAGAAUUUAAUAGUUUUUCUUUGUUGAAGUUUAGUUUACUUCCUGGUAGGAAUGGUCGAUAAAUUAACGUUCACGAUAUGUCAUAAAAAAAAUCCUUCAUGAUUAAUAUUUGCCAUCUCAUGAUAAAUACGAUAAAUGCAAGUUGACGACAGAAGCCUGAGUGAUGGACUCGCAGCCAUAGCCCACACAGAGCAGAAUAACAAACAAACAUGGCCGAAGGUAAUGAAGAAGAUUUUUCUGAGCAGCUCGUUACUAAACGAGGCUCCACAUGAGGGACUUCCUUCAAGACUGGGGCUUAGAUGAGCGCAAUCUGGUAUGCCUGACAUCGGACAGUGGAUCUGCUGCUGAUGUUCACUCUGUGCAACAAGAGUUUGAUAACUGUGGAAAUUGUUUUCACAUUUGAAACUUGUUUGAUGUCAUUAGUUUUCUCAAUAACCUACCACUCAAACUUGUGGUUAAAUAUCUUAUUUGACUUCUCCAACUGGUGUUCUUAAGACAAAAUGAGUCAAAAUUAUAGAUUGGAAUUGUAAUAUUUUUUAUCGGGACUUUUAUCAUUAUCGCAAGAAUGGCAAAUCUCAUUAUGGUCAAUUUUUUAGCCCAUAUCGCCAUGUAUUCAUGACAGAGAAAAUCAGUCCCCAACAGCUUUACCCAGGUAUGUUAGUCUGUCUAUGAGGAGUUUGAUUUAGUGCAAUUUCAGUCAGCCUAAUUAAGCGAUUUUUUAAAAACUAUUUGUUAAUUUACCGAUAGCUUCAUAUAAGUCGCCAGGCUCCAUCUUUCUUUAUACACCGAAUAAAUAAAUAAAUCAUCUGUAAUGUCUAAAAGUGUCCCCGUCAGUAGUUGACAAGUGUAUAUUGUGUUAAAAUGUGUGUGUGUGCGCGUGUGUGUGUAUUUGUAUAGUGGUUGGACGGUGGUCCCUUUACAAGCCUACCACACUCUGUCAACAGCUCCCUUUGUGUGUGUGCGAGCUGUGUGUUUGUGUGUUUCCGUACAUGUGUGUAUGUGUGAAGGACAAACCAACAGAAAAGGAGAAUGUAUACCAGUGUGGGCCUGCUCUGAUUGUAUUUAUAUAGAAUAAACAAAGGAGAGGAAUGCUGGGGGAGGGGUGGGAGCCGAGGGGACACCUCAAAGAAAGAAAGGAGAAAGGAGAGAAAAGACCACUCCAAGAAAGCAUCCAGCCGGAUGACCCUUGACCCUGACUGGCUGUAAAUCUGUCCCCUCAUUCUAUAGUCGAGGCUUUUUUUUUGUUUGUUGUGUUUUUGUGUGUGAGGGGAAAAAAUAAGCUCCCCAGGCGACAAUCCUGACAUCUUGUUCUCAAACAGUGAGGACUGAUUUCAGGGGUGCACAUAACCCACAUGAGGAUAUAUCUGGAAUUUUUUUAGGCGAUCGUAAAAUGACACUGUUGAUGUAAGUAAAACUUUAAAGAUGGCCAGUUUGUCUGUCAGGAGCCUCUUAAAGACGGCGACCAGCUGAGGUAAAGACCUUAAAAUCGACAGCUUCUCCUCAGCGUUGACAGGAAAGCUUGAUCUUGUUUGUCUUCCUGCUUCACAAGAAGAGGUCAGCAUUGAUUAUUUACCUGCUAAACACAGAGGGCUUUGGAAGGUUUCCUCUCAUAUCAGGUUACUGUCAAACACUAGGGGGUGUUUAGGGGCUAAAUCUGAUGGAGAAAGAUUAAAAACAUUAAGUUGAGAAUGUCAUAUUUGUCUCAGUUUUUCAUACAGUUUUUAUUUAGUCAGAACAUCAUGUCAGGCUCAAACACAUCAGCUGCAGAGCCACAGAGACAGGCGUCUUCCUUUGCAUGAGAUCACCGCAAAAUGAGAGCUGUCAAAAAGUUGGAAGUGGACGUUGGUGAACUCAGGAGUCAUGAUGGAUGUUUCUGUCAUUUUUUAAAUGAUUCGCCUUGGCCCACUGACGGCGUAAAUGUGUGCUCCUCCACAUCACAGCUCAGUGAGGGGAGAUUUUCCCACCAUGUGUGCCAUGAUGUGGUAAAUAAGCACAGUGGGUUCGUGAAGAUUAUUUUUGCCAGGGGAAAUGUGAGGGAGCGCAGAGCCUCGGUGUCAUACUGACAUCAUACGGCAUGUCAUGUUUGGGCACAGGGAUUAGUGUGAAGCAUGAGCUGUGUUACAACAAAUUGCUGUGGCAUUUUAAACCUUAUAACAGGACUCCAGCGGGCACGUCUCUAUGACGUCGUGUCUGAGAUGCCAUUUCGUGGCUUCCAACCUCACACUGAGCGAUCGAGUAGUGGAUGUCUUGUCUGUCUGAUUUGAUUAUGUUGCUUAAGCCAUUUCAGUUUGCUUUUUUUCUCCAGAGAGUUUUGGUUUUAACUCAGGAUUGUCUUUAAUUGGUGUCAUUUUGUUGCAAAUUGAAUGAACAAUGCUGUUCUUGAGUCUUAGUUACUUGGUUGAUCCUCUCUGUGCAGCUUCAUCCAUGUUUUGAAGAUGGUGUUUUGAUUGUGAUCUGCACAGAGAGGCCUGAAUUGGCUCUUACUUUUGUACAUUGCACCAAAAAGCAGUAUUUGUGUUAAAUAUUAACAUUGCGCUUUUUAUGAAUAAAAAAUAACAAAAUAAAUAAUUCACCCUGAAAAGUGCAGGAGGUUGAUGUUUUUGCAGAGCUGAGAGUCUCUCAGACUCCUAAACCCUCCUGAAAUGAUGCACCACUGUAGAUCUGGACCAACUGUUUGCAUUCAUUGUAAUAAAUCUUCAUAUUGUCUGUAAUGAGACUUUCAAAAUUCCCUAGUAAUUCAUUAUAACCACUUCCUUUAAUUUUCAUACUUCAACACCACUGAGACCAAAUACAACCCUAGCUCCAAACUAUUUGGGAUGCUGUAUAAAAUGUUCAUAGACAGAUUUUGAUAGUUUGAAAAUUCCUUUUCCCCCCUGUCUUUAAUUAAAUAUGGAACAAAGACAGCACAUCACAUUUUCAGACUGACUAACUUGCUUGUUUUAUGAAGAUUUUUGCUUGUCUUAAAUUUGAUGCCAGAUGCAGUUUCUAAAACUUUCUGGAUAAAAUAGGGAAGAUGAGUCUUUUAGAAGUAAAGAUGGGAAGAGGUUCAAAACUUUGUGAGAGACUGUGUGAGCAAUAACUUCUAUGAUUUUAAAUUAAGGUUCCCCAUCAUAAAAUUACAUGGAAUUAGCAGUUAUCAUCAUUCGUAGAUCUUUUUUGCUCUAAAACUCAAGUAUUGUUUACAUUAUCACCUGUUGACCACAUUACUGCCAAUUGCACCCGCUGUCUGCACUUGAUAUUAUUAUGAAAAUAUAUAAAGUUGAAUCUUGACCUGAAUAUGACUUUUUUCUUCUUAUUGUAUUAUUAUUUUUAUUUCUGUGUAUGUCUAGCACAUACAGCGCUUAUGGAUAAUAAAGAGGCAUGACUUGGCUUCACCUGACUUGAUCUGCAGUACAGGAUAUUAUUAAAAGAUUCUGAGGACACAUAGUUCACUGCUGCAUCCAUGAAUGCAGGUUAAAGCUGUACCAUGCAAAGAGAAAACCAUAAAUAAUCAUGAUAAGGAAGCACAGGACAUUUCCCUAAAUAUAUACAUUUUAUAUAGCCUGAGCAGAAGUAGAAAGCUUUCCUGUAGCCUGAUAAAUCAAAAAUUGACAUUCUUUUUGGAAAUCAUGGAUGCUGCAUUUUCCAUUUUAAAGAGGGGAGGGACCACCUUUACUCAUUGUCACUGCACAGUACAAAAGCCAGCAUGGGGAUCAUACAUGUCAUUGUAAUUGGUAGCAUACACAUCUGUGAAUGCUCCAUUAAAGCUGAGCAAUAUAUACAGGUUCAGGAGCAACAGAUGCUGCCAUCCAGACAAUGACUAUAUGUUGAAAGACCUUAAUGUUUCAGCAAGACAAGGACAAAAACCAUUUUGUACAUAUUAUUGAAUUUCCUUUCAGGGAUUAAUAAAGUUCUUCUUCUUAUUAUUAUUAUUCUUAUUACAACAGCAUUGCUCUGUAGUAAAAGAGUCCAGGUCCUGCAGUCCUAUCUUCUCUUGACCAUCAAAAACACAAAACCCAGAACUUUAAAAACUGACAUGAUUUGAUACAGUAUUAAAGAAAUUAAAGAUUUACUCACGCAAACCAUUACAUUCUGUCUUAUCACUUUACAUAGUGUUAUAACCUUUUUUGAGAUCUUAAACAACCGGUGUUAUAUUUGAUCACCUGUUUUUGAAUUUAGAGAGAGACAAUGGCUGAACACAUGGCAACGAAUCAUGUUCUCAUCUGUGUUUUCCUUUUUGUACAUUAACAAGAGUGAAAACCAGCUCUUGCGUUCACUCCUGGCUCUGGUCAGAGGAAGCUUAUUGUCGUGAUCAGGGUGUCAUUUGUUACAGUAAUUAUACACAGCCAUAUUUAGAUGGUUCAAAGAGCUGCACAUUGCACAUUAACUGAUCUCACGACACAACAACUGCCCUCAGAUGGACAUCUGGAAGAACUCUGGAAUCACUGAACCUAUUUACACACAGAUUAUUUGUUUGUUGUCACUGUGGUCAUGGUUACGAUCUUGUACAUAAAAACACAGUGUAGUAAAUGAUUAUAUGUCUCUCUGAUAAAAAGUUUCUCUCUAAUGCAACUUAAACUCAUUGUGGAUGCAGAACCUUUAAAGGCUAUUACAUUGUCCUUAAAUCUGGGCCUUAUUUUCUCUUCACAAUGACUAAUAGUUCCAAAAACAACUGAAAUCGCUCCACUUGAUCACCUCAGUUGUCAGCGAUGAAACAGGCUGUAAUGGCUGUGAUGUAACUCUUGGCGUUAAAUCCCAUUGAUCCCAUUGAUAAGAGUGCCUGUGUUUGCAAAGAGAAGCAGAAACUAUAAAUAGGUUAUUUCAGGUGUCAAACAAGGUUUAAAAAUCACUCCUGUGGAGAUGUACGUUUUUCUCUUCUAAAGUGGAGUGGGUGAUUUUCAACAAAAACCAAGAUGAAACCUUGUGAGAAAUGGCACCGACAUUCAAGUCCCAAAACUGCAGUUCUACAAGUGUCCACUUGAGGCUAGCAGCAAAAACACCAGAAGCCACAUACACACCCAUUCAAAAUAAAUAAUAUCUUCACAGGGAAAAUAAGUUGACCAAAAGUGAGGUUGAGUCCGUACAGUAAGUAAAGGUUCAGUACAAAGAUACAGUAACAGACUUUUUACAUUCCCCAGAAAUCUGCGGAAAACAUUAUAUUAUUGAAACUAUGGGAGCAUUUUUGACCCAAAAUACCCAGAACUUUUAGUUCCAGGAACUUCUUUUUAAGGAAUUAAAUAGUUCCUUUAGUCCAUUGUUCUCUGUAUUUCCACCAGGGGCCUGAAAUUCAGGGCCAGUGGAAAGUACACCCCCACCCCCAAGCAGUGGCUUUUGACCCUAGGUAAAAAGUUAGGUGAAAUGUGCACAGUUUCUCAAAAGGUAUCUAGUUCCAGGAGAAAGUUCCUGUAGUUAAAAAGCACCAUGUGGCUUAAGGACAUAUACCCCUGUUUUAUUUAUUUAUUUAUUUAUUUUAAGCCACCAUAUCAAUUGAGUAAAACUCUAAUGUCAACUCACAAAAUUAGUUUGGAGUUGUUGAUUUCUGAUGGAGCUGUUGAGUCUUUUUUCCUGUUUGUAAAAGAGAGUCUUACCUAAAAUAGUGAAUCUCUGCAGUGAUUCUUUUUUUUUGUAAUGUAGGAUCGUAAGAUAAUAUUUCAGCCAGUGAGAUACAAAAACAAGUCUUUUUGUCAAACUUUGACAGUACACAUUUGCAUCAUCUGUGUGUGGCCAUGGCAGUCCUCCAAGUGCUUUCUUUUGUGACCGAUCAGAUUUAAUAAAUGUUUCAUUAUUAGAGAUGUCUAACAAUGUCAAAGAAACGAUGGCGUUUUUGUGAACGAGCAACAUGUUUUUUAAACUGUUAACAGCUGUGAAGACGUUCACUUUAGACUUGGAGGGAAAAAGCAGUAAUUUUAUGUGAGUUACUGAUCUACAGUUACCUUCAAUGGUUAGUUUUUUUUUUUCUUUUAACUCAGACAUACUCUCAUUGACAUCAUCCACUGGUUUCCAAGGCCUUUUAGAGCCAAUAGAUGGUGGAUGCCAUAUUGGAAAUGCUGACUCAGUCUAACUGCCCGCCAACCUUGAGUCAGACCAAGGUUUAGGUGGGCGUUAAGCCACCUGGCAAACAGCUCCAUCUUACUUGUCAGUCACAGCCCUGAUUAUGCAGAUCUACACGUAACUAUAAGUCUUAAUGUAAAAUUCAACUACUCUUCAUAUGAAUAAUGAAAUGAGUGGUUCAGAUCUUAACUGUCUUUUGCACCAGGCUGUAAAAUUGUUUAUUUUUUGUGAAAACUGGCAUUUUGAAACGGGUGUCAAAGAGAGCUCCACGGUUUUCCAGACAGCUUCAAGUGAACACUCAAGAAACCACAGCUUCUUUUGCCCUUAAGCAUUGGCUUAAUUUUUCAUCACAAGAGCUUGCUACCUGAUCUAAUCCUCACAUAAAUGUCAGUCUCUGCCAAUAUCCUUGAAAUAAGAAUAUAAACCUGUCUGUAGCAAAUGAAGGAAAUAAAAACAUUUAUUAGCAAAAAACAAAAAAAAGAUUGAAUGCACUUGUUUGCACUUGGAUUUGGUUUCAGCCAUUAUAGCCUAGUUCAAGGUAGUAUGCUUAAAUUAAGUUUAACAAUUCAAGAACUUUUUAAGCACCAUGCUGAGGCAAACUCAUCUGCAACUGCUGAAAUGAUCUCCAUCAAGAGAUUAAUUUAAAUUUAUUUGAUAUCUUUUUUAUUUUAUUCCAUUUUAUAGCACUGUGUUUUAUGUUUCUGUAUUUUAGUAUUCAUGUUAUUUUUUUGUAAUUACUGUGAUUGCACUUUGAUCAUCUCAGCUGCUUUUAAUCUGUUCAGUCUUUUGGUCAGACCUGGUAGUUUUAAAUGUGCUCUAUAAAUAAGGUUAGAGUUGAGUUGAGUUGAAGAGAAGCAUGCUGUAAAGUCAUACACAAAUAGAGAAAACAUAAUGCAAAGCACAUGCAGUCAAAAACCUGCAUUAACUACAAAUGUGCUACAAAAACAUAGACAAUACAAAUUUAAGGACAAUCAAACACCAACGUGAUCCUCAAAAGAAAAACUGCGAAACAAGACAACUAAAGUGGUCCAGGUCUCUGAGGUGCGCUGAGUAGAACAGUUCAUGACAAUUUAACAUUGUUAGAUAAGUGCUAGGAAGACAAGCAGUGAACCAAGCAGCAUCCUCCAGUCCUGAGAAAUGAAACUGGUGUGGAAGCGCUUAAAACUACAGUUCACUUGGUGCCCACCUGAGGUGGGCUACAGGAGCACCAAAAUGCAUGCACACAUUGAGCCACAAAAAGCCUGUUAAAACAAAAGCCCAAAACAAGUUUACGGUCUGGUUCAAAAAGACGGCUCUGGUCUUAUAAGCUGGGGGGGCCUCACAUGACUUUUUUUGUAACAUGCUCAUUUUGGGGUUAUUCAGCAUGUUAGCAUCACUGCAUUUAUUUCGUGCACUGUUCCUUAAUUUUUAGGAUGCUGUCCCUGUUGAAGAUCAUCAGGCUUCUGCACAUUUGUUAGCUACCAUUUAUGUCACUUAGACUCCAAAUUAUGUAAAUACUGUCCCAUGAAUAGGCACUGGCCUCUAAUUUUGAUGGUAUUGAUGUUUGCGUUGACAGUUUCGAUCAGCUGCAUGUGGGGUAUCAGUGUGUCUGAUUCAGUUACCCUCAUGAGGGCAAGUUCAAGAGAAUUGUUUGUGGAAGUAGAGAGGUCCAUGGAGACCCCGGCUAUGAUGAAAAGGUCAAGUGUAAAAGUUGUCAGGCAUUCAGACUGCUCAUCAAAGGCGAUCUCUUAUCAUCUCCAACACACUGAUAUCACAUUACCUCUGCGGCCCCUGUCAGUAUGUGACGUGGGGCAGAGGGGAGGACAGUACAGGGCCACUGUCUGGCUGAACUGGAGGAAGUGGUGAAUUAAUUUCUGAUGGACAGCACUAAUGUCUUUCAGACCGGAGCCCUGAAGCUACAAAACUCUCUCCAUAACACGAACGUUGUGCAGCAGGCAGAUACGACAAAGCCGACCAUCUGCUAACCAGACACACGGCCGUACGCACACACAUACGACACACAAGGGGUGCCAAACGGAUCGAUUAGCAGACAAGGAGUGUGAGGGCCACAGCAGGGGCCGGGGGAGACACCCAGGGUCAAAGAGAUGGUGUUGUGUUUCAGCACAUGCUAAAUCAGUUACCAUCCCCUCACACAUAAAGCCCCGGCUCAGAGCUGCAGCCACCCCUCAUAAUCCCCAAACAAUCUGGCUCAAUCUGGAGAAUAAGUGGAGGGUUUCCAGUUACAGUAACACUCAGCAGAACAGACACUGAGCCCCCCCACCUCCCCACCCCUCGUUCACAUGAAUAACACAGAGCAAUGUUGCCAGAAAGUUACUACUUAAGUUUCCAAGUGCCGUUUGUUUAUUUCCUGUUCCACUAAAGGAUUGAGUUUCUCUUGUUUAACUCUGAGCAGGUCCAGGCUUUCCAAAAGCCAAAAAUUCUUGACUUGAAUGUAGUUUUGAGUCCAUAAGUGGCGUAUUUAUGAAUGACCUCUCUUGAAAUAUCAAAUACCAUCAUUUUCUCUUCUUUCCCCGCUGAGUCGCACAUGUCCAGACUCAGGGAGCGUACAGGUUAAGUAGGUGAAUUGGUGUGCACUUAUGUGUUAGCAGGGCGUGGUGGUUUGUGCGGUGUAUUAUCGACAAUAGCCGGCUCCUGGGGGGGAUGUGAUCCAAGCCGCAGAAGUACACUGGCACUCUGUGCUCCAGUGCUAUUAGCACACUAAUGCCUUCCCCAGGACUCCCCAAGGCCAGCGCAGGGCCUUAACCCGAUACCACACAUGCUACACAGGACAUAGGAUUUGCUCUCUUCUUUCUGAAAACACAUCUGGGAUUCAGAUUUUCCUGUUUGUCAACAAAAGGCCUCCUACAGGCUGAGAUCGCACAGACGGACAGGGACAGAAUGUCGAACUGCCCUCUGCACAUGUUUCAUUUUGUGUAAUCAGUCCACAUAUGUCACGUUAACCCUUUCUCCAACAACGUGAGGUUAAACAUUUUAUUGCUUUAUGUCACAGCGCUCCUCCUCGUGCUCCUCUGAAGCCCUCUGCUGGGUGGGGGGUUUAUGGUGGGUUUAGACCCCGACGUGUACAUCUGUUACAUGACAGCUGUCCCAGCUAUUCUGUUAAAGACUCAGGAUUGGGGGGAUAUUAAAACAUUAAAUAUAACCAUUAAAUCUUUUUUACAAUCAAAGGCUGGAAUGAGAACUAUUUAGAAAGUCACAGUGCCAGUGUACCAGCUUACACUUGUUCUAAACAGUUAUUAAAAAGGAAUGUUAAAGAUCUUGGAGGGACGUAUUAGUCUAAUUAAACAUGGAAAAUACAUUAAUUCAUAUUUUGAGGUCAGAAGGGCCACAGGAAUAAAACUAGAGAAUUGAUCAGUUGUUUUACUUGGCAGACUUCUAAGAGUAUGAAAUUAUGGUAACAUGUUGUGGCCAGUUCACCAAUCAAAGUACUGUCGCUCAAAGGUUUGAAAGGGCCUGUGUCCACCAGCAGCUUUUUUUCUUUUGUUUUUCUUUGUUAUUUUUCAGACCAUUUCUAACUGGUGCUUAGAAGAAGUGGGGUAUAUAUAUAUAUAUAUAUAUAUAUAUAUAUCCUUUUAGUCCACCUUUAUAUAAAAGCUAAAAAAACUCUCGCCCACCCUCUGGUCAAGCUCUGGUCCUCUACCAGAGGCCUGGGAGCUUGAGGGUCCUGCGCAGUAUCCUUGCUGUUCCUAGGACUGCACUCUUCUGUAGUGAGAUGUCUCAUGUUUCCCCAGGGAUCUGUUGGAGCCACUUCUCCGAUGUGGGGGUUACUGCCCUAAGUGCCCCGAUGACCACAGGCACCAAUGUUGCCUUCACCCUCCAGACUUUCUCUAUCUCCUCUCUGAGCCCUUGGUACUUCUCUAGUUUCUCGUGUUCCUUCUUGCUGAUGUUGGUAUCGCUUGGGAUGGCGACACUUACCACAACGGCUUACCUCUGCUGUUUGUCUAUGAUUACAAUGUCUGUGUGUGUGUGUGUGUGUGUGUGUGUGUGUGUGUGUGUGUGUGUGUGUGUGUGUGUUUCUGAACAUCCUUCAUGUAGACCCCCAAACAUGUCCCUGGUUUGAAAACUAUAAUUAGUAUUUAUAGUAACCUCACUGUAUCAGAAGGCUUUACUUUUUGUAAAGCUCCUAAGAAAGGCUCCAUACAAAUCAAGGUAGUUUUGAUAUGAACUUUCCUGGCUGAGCCCAAGCAUGGACAUAAAGUUGAAUGUGGAUAAUCUUGUGUAGAAAGUAAUAAACUGAUCUUUUAAUGCUCAGUAUUUACAUAUCCUACAGAUGUUUGUUCCUGCAAAGAUAAACUACCCUUGAACGUCUGUCUGUGCACGUUAACUCCUCAUGAACUCACAUUCAAAAACACUUCCUUCUUAAUCACUGGAAGAACCCGUAAAGAAACUGUCCUUCUGCACAGCUGUGUUUAUAGCAGGAGGGAUAAUAUUCCUCUUCUCAGAUGUUCCUUAGAUGGAUUUUCUGAUUUAAUAAGCAUCUUUGAAUCCCAAGGAAACACAGCUAAUUAACCUUAUUACUUAAAGGGACAGAGCAUCUCCCCCAUCAAUAAAACCACCCGCCUGCCCGUUCAACAAUUAGUCACUGAAGACAGAUUAGGUUUAUGUGAAGCAGAUGAGAUAUUAGAUGGUGCUAGUGGAGGAAUGAGCACAAAUGUGUAGCUGUAGGUCUGUAUUUUUAUUAAACGUGUCUGUUGAAACUUUCAAAGAUGACAUUUCUUAUUGGGACUAAAAUGUACGUUUCUUGCAGUAUUUUUAGAACACAUGAUCUUGCUUGCGUGAGGCUCCUGGUGAAGUGUGCACCUUUAAAGAGAAAUUAUUAAACUGAGGGUUUUUUCUCAUCAUUUUUCUGCUGUAUUUUCCUUUUUUGUAAUUUUAGUGUGGUUCUGUAGGUUACCUCAUAUCCCGUCUAUAGUUUAGUAAUCAGCUCAGCUACUCUUAUCUGGCUCGUGGGUCAGCAGGCGGUAAACAGAUCCAUGUGUCAGCAGCUUGUUUGACUGACAGCACGUCACUUUCCCUUUGUCAUCAUGGCAGGGAGCUCAGAUAGGAUCUGUGCGAGUUUGGUUGGACCCCCUUUUGAUCCAGUUCGGAUAAGCCACAUUGCCUCUGAUGUGCUCCUAAACUGUUGGCCAGUUGGGGCUCAGAUAGCAAGCCAUGAAGGGAAGCCAACAUAAGCUUUAACUGCACAGUGGAAAGUCAGCGUGCGUACGAAAUGAAGGAGUCUGAAAGGAAGUUAUCUGGUCUGGCAGUAGCUCUGUCAAAGGAGGUCAGGAGGAACACAGGACGGAGGCAGCAACAUGUGCACGCUUACUGUAAGACGAGACACCACUCUGCAGCACAGCCAUGUUACGUAAACUUCAGGUUUUCUUCUUCUCCGUGAAAGUGAAACUCUUCAAGUUUGAGUAUUGUCUUUUACUCACAGGACUUUUGAGACCAAUACUGGUAUCAGAGGGGAAAAUGUACUUAACAAAUCCAGAAAGUUGACUGAAAUUCAUACACAGUUAUCCAAAUGUGUCUCAAAAGCUCAGAGGACAACGUUCCUGUGGACAUGUGAACUCUAAUCUCUUUGCUGUUUUUUCCUUCUGCAUCAGUUAAUAGAGAUUUCUGCUGAUGAAAAUCUCAUUCUCCUGUCUUGAAAACAGAUAGUUGUGUGUCUUGAAGUUUUACCCUCAGCAGACCCCAGUUGGUUCAGCUGUUAUGGUGAGAAACCAAAUGGAGAACCGAAUUAGAAGCAAUGCUACCAUCGACUUCAGAGUGGAUAAACUCCACCAGAUAAUUCAGCUAAAAUUAAGGAAACUUUUACCUCAACACUCAUGACAGUGUAAAGGAUGAUUGAUUCUUUUACAUCAAACCUACAAUGUACUUUUGAGAGUAGUUAAACAGCCAGUGGGCUUUCUGAUGGCAAAGCAAAGCUCAAAAGAAUUUAAAAGCAUGAACACUUCCACAGACAUCAGUGUUGCGGUUGGUCUUCUAAAGUUAAAGUGGUUGAGCUGACCUGGCUUGCAGCUCUUGAUAGCCUAGCUUUUAUUUUGUUUGUCAAAUACAAAUUGACCAAACUUAGCAGGAUCCUCUGUGGCUUAUACGCUUACUUUUGUCUCUUGCAACUCGUCAAAAGAGUUUUUAUGUUGAGGUGGUAGUGGGCCCCUGUGAAUAGGUUGUAGUCCUUGCUGUCCUAGUGGCUGAUUUGACCCCCAGCCAGGACCCUUUGCUGUCUUCCCCACUCUCUACUCCCCAUAUUUCCUGUCUCCCUUUAGCUGUCCUAUCAAUAAGGGUGAAAAUUGGAGAUAGACCAAUGAGUUGUUUGGUGUAACGAUCGGGCUGAUUAAUGGUAUUUUUAGUUCUCAGCAGCUGGUUAGCAGAUAGUUAUGUGGAUACUGUAGUAAUAUCUGUGAUGGGCACAUAUCAGCCUCUCGAUUCAUUGCAGCCAGGCUCUUGUUUGGAAAAUGUAAAACAGUCUGGUGAAUCUGUGUUAGGCAAACAAAAGAAAAUUUGCAGUACAUAUAAAAUUGAAAAACUAUUUCACAGAAUUGUUCAAUUAACUGUGGUGCAGUAUCAAUCACACCUUUUUACCCUUUCACAUGCAAACUGACUGUUUUUGUCCACCAGGUGAGCGUCCAUACCAGUGUCCGUACUGUGACAAAGCCUUCAGCAAGAACGACGGCCUGAAGAUGCACAUCCGCACCCACACACGGGUAAGUUCCUCUCUUCACUGUGCCCUGCUUCUGAUAGCUCUUCAACUUUUAUAUGCUUUGAUUUUUAAAUGCUCUGUGUUGUUUUUCUACAACAACCUUCUCAUUUUUAAGCUCAUUAAUUUCAUACCUGUUGUUUGGAUGCAUUACAUAUUUUUUCUCAUCAAUUCUCUUCUGCAACAAAUCAACAAUCUUUUAGUUACUGCUAAAUUUCUGGCCUUACUCCGCUGAUUUCCCUUCAUCUGCACCUUAAACCCUUUAAUAGCCAAAGCAAAGUGUCCUAUAAUCACUGAACCUAUGAAGCAGCAACAACCACAUCAUUGAAUGCACCUUUGAGGACCUUUUUAACACACUGCAGUAGGAAAAGCAGAGGUGACUGUAUGCUGUUAAAGCUGCUUCGGUUUUAGGUCGCUGGUAUUGUGCAUGCGGACUGCCUGUCCCGGCUGACUCAGACACCUGAAUAAGAUAGAGCAGUUAUUGAGGUUAUUAUUUACACCUGUGCUUUUUCCUCUGCCUGGGUCAAAAUGUUCACUGUAAAACAGACUGUAGAGAAGAAUAGAGGAACUCUAUUAGGCCCUCAUUGUUAGCAGUAAUUGCAUAUUUCAGUAGGAUAAAAUGAGUGCAGUAAAUUGGGGUGGAUUCAGAAAAAGGGAUGCUGACCCGGUGCCAGGUGUGACUCUAUCUUUAUAAUUCAAUCUGGAGCUUUUUUGCUUCAGGUUUUCUGUUUAACCUUCAUUUGAACUACAGAGCGAGCGUAAAGAUUUUCUCUCACACUUCUUCCAGAGAGAAAAGUCCUGACUCCUCUGUGUCUAAUACAUGUGACACUCCCGUCUCAUUUUCCAUGAGGUAAUCCUGCCAUUUGCAGGUUCUUUCAUGAAUCAUUUAGUAAUGCCUGUUGACAGUAUGCAUGUCUUAUUGGCAGCAUAAAAGCUAUAUUUCAAGAAGAAUAUUCAAGGAAACGUUGCUUUUAUGUCUUGAACACAGAAACCUUUGGGGAGCAGUUUGUUUCUAAACUUGGACCGUUUUAAACUCUAGUUUAUGGUAUCUAAAGGACUAAUAGGCUUAUGUAGUCUGCUUGCUUCAUCCAGCAGUGGUUGUAACUAGAUCUCUUUUACAGAUUCUGCAUAAAAAUGUUGUAUCUGUUCUCAGGGCUCAAAAAUGUUGUGGUCUUUGCACAUUUGUAGUCCAGGUUACACUGACCAAGCAUGUUUCAGAGGGCUUUAGUGUAUGUGGGGAAAAAACAUAAAGUGUGGAGAGCAAAAGCAGGCAUUACACAAUUUACUGUAAUGACGUCACAGUUCCCACUGGUGAUAACCUGAUCAUGAGUAAUCUAUCUCUAUAAAGAGAGAUGUGCAUACAACAACAGACCAUGGAUAGAAAACUUGGUAUUUACAGGUUUACUAGAACACAGUGGAAAUGAUGGAUUCAACAUCCAUUCAACAAACAAUGCAAAAAGGUGUUUUUUCUCUUUCUAAACACAGACCUGACAAAAUGUGUCUACUGUCAAACUGAGAUCAAUUGGAAAUGAUUCAACAGACAUUACUCUGCAGGAUGCAAUGCAAAAUGUGUUUAAAUGCAAACACCACCUACACCUCAAUUACUGAAAGGUUGAAACCCAGAGGCAAAUGUUGCAUCGCAUCAUCAGACAAGGAACGGCAAUGGCUUGCAAUCAAGAUUCAGUGCAGCCUGCUCUUUGGGGGUCAGUGUGCCUAAUUAGAGCUGUCCUCUAAAUUUGCUUGAGGAAUGAGAUUUAAUUCAUGACAUAAUCCUACAAACAAACUAUCCAAUCAAGGCAGCAGUGGACCAGAAACUUUUGAUUUCUCCAACAUGAAUUUUGUGUUGUCAGUGGAAUCUUGUGACUGUAAAGAAAGCAACGAAAUAGCUAAGAAAAGAGGUCUUCUCUAAACAAGAAAAACGUAUGCUACAACAGUAACCAGCAUAUGCUAACAGAUUUUUAUGUUGCUAACUUUACCAUAUGUCACAGAAGUCUCAUUCAAAGUUUGUCAAAGUCUGUAACUCACCUAUUGUAGCCCUCAUUUGAUUUGUUGAAACAGUGUUGAACAUACUGUUGCACUGCAGCAUAUUGAAGAUACAAGCUGCCAUAGCACCUUGAGGUAUGACAUCAGCAACCAGGUAUCUAUGUGAAGAUUAGGGCUAGAAUAAUUACUCUAUAGAAGAAGAAAGCAAUAAGUAAAAAGCCUUGUUAAAAUCCACACAACGAAACAAAUCACUGUUUUCCAGCCACAGAAGCUAUCAUACAGAGGCACUGAGCUACACUUUUGAUGAAUUACUUAUAUUUGUUAACAUGAUAAUGCACUUUGAGGCAGCACCAACCUGCUGAACUAUGGGGGAGAAAGGACAGGAGACCCCUGUAAAUAUCAUAUCUUAGAUCAGCAGAACUACAGACAUGUAAGUUUAUUUUGCUGUUUAAUUAUUUUGCUCUAUGUUUUUUUUUGUUGUUGUUGUUAUAAUAUGUGUAUGUAUAUAUUGACAAUAUUCCAUGUAUGCUGGUGAAAAGGCUGAAUUUUUUGUUGUUGUCAUUGUUGUUUAAAUGUUUAUUUCCACAUAAAACCAACUCAGUGUACUUAAGAUUUCUCCAAAUUUCAUCAUAUGUGCUUGUGCUAUUGAUAUAUAUAGAUAGAUCAAUUGCACUAAUUUUCGCUCUGACUGACUUUCAGUCCUCCUCCAGCUAGUAUGGCAUCACCCUUUUACUGUCUUUCCACGACAGAGGUGAAAGUUGUUAAGUAGACUUGACUGCCUGACAGGUCCCACAGGUCCUCAGGUCCCACACUUUAUCUCCAUGUAUGUAUGCAGCUAUAUACCCAGACUGUGCAUUACCAAUUCUAAUGGUCGAGUACAGCCUAUCUGUUUAGGUUUAGAAAUAAGACAGGACAAGAUGGUCCUCUGAUAAAUAGUCAUAGCCUGUCAGCUAGAACCUUAACUGUGUAAGAUACCCUGAUGAUUCAGCAGUUAGAAACAUCAAUCAAACAAUCUGUAAGUCUUUAUUUAUAUAGCGCCAGUUCACAACAAGUGUGAACAAAAAAGCUGGUCUAGACCAGACUCUAUUUACAAAGACCCAGUGUAAAGAUGGGAUAAGAUUGAGCAAGUUACACAGGAGAGGAAGAACUUCCCUUAACAAGCAGAAACCUCGAGCAGAACCAGACUCAUAUUAGACAGUCAUCUGCUGAAACUGAACUGGGAUUAGAGAGGAGAGAGAUGGAGAUGGACAGAGGAGAGACUGAUGAACAUAGCAGAAGCAGCUGAAAAGCAGGCAGGUCCAUGGCAGAAAAACAUCUGCAGCAGUUAUCCAGAGGAACCUACAGGAUGAUGGAGCUCAGAGGCUUCCAGAAAAGAGAUGUAUUUAUGAAAACCUGUUUUUUUUUUUGCUGCUGUGGACUGGAGUAGUUUUAAAAUACUUUUGGCUCCUUUCAGUAACACACAACCACAAUAUGUUGUACUACAGUUCAGGUUUAUAAUACGAAGAUCCCUUUUUUAGUCAGUCAGGGCUCAGGGUGGGUAAAAGAGGAGGUUGACUUUCUGAACAUCGACCCAUUGCAGUUCUGCAGCAGUGCUUCACGUUUCCAUAAGCACUGUGUGUAUGGAGCAUCUGGAUGAGUGUGUGUGUGUGUGUAUUGGUGCCACUUUUGAUGAAUGAGACCUAAUAAAGGUUUCAUCGUAGAUCUCCAUCAUUGAUUCUUACAGUUAUGACUGUGACGGUGGCGGCCUGUCAGCACUGUUAAUGUCACAGAUCUAUUUUUAAUGCUGUCCAGAGCUCGGCGCUCGGUUUCAAAGCCAGCUGAUAAUGGAGCGCUCUGCCUGCCCAGGUCGACGUCUCUCAGUGCAAACAGGCAGGUAUAAUUAUGUAGUGUGCUGCUGAUUAGACCCACUGAUGUUUGGAUCUUAAUGGUCUCAGAUCUGUCUUUGCUCACUGCGCUCUGAAAUAUGGACUGAACAGUUACAAACAGCAGAGCUAGAUGAAGUCACUGUGGAGCAAAACAAAUGUCACUGGGCUGAAAGAACCGUGGAUCACUUUUAACGUACACCAUUAAAGAUGGAUGCACUUGGAGUUUGUGCAUUUGCACCACAAACCACAUGACAGGAAACUGAAAUGGAACACAUUGGAUGGUGAUAUGAGCUGCUGACAUUUUGGAUAUUAAGACCUUUUUUAUAAAGCUGUUUUGAUCUCUAAUGAAAAUGGAUGUGACUGCAUGUUUAAUGACAAUUUUUCUCUGACAUAUUUUGUUGGAGAAAGAAUGUUUGAUGCUUUUGAAAUUCAGGGUGGCCGUCAAAGAGAAACUUAAUUGUCUUUGAUAAUGAAUAAACUAUAUAAUUAUCAUAGCUGUGAGCAGCAUUUAACCAUCUCAGAGGUGACAGUGAGGGUUCUGUUUCUGGGACCAUCAUUUUGAGAACUGAAAAGUUUGUAAAAUAUUUACACCAAGAUUUAAACAACAAAGACCAGAAAACCUCAAAACUGCACGGAGCAAAAAUCAACUCAUGCCACUACAAGUCCUGGUUUUAGCCAUUCACAGACUCCUAUUGUUUUUCUGAUGGUCUGACAACAUUAUUUAAAGCCACAGGGCAAAGAAAUAGGACUAUUUAGCAAUGUCUAGCAGUCAGAUACUUGAUUAAAAUGCUCCUUUGCUCACCCCUUUCAUUGACCCAACAGUGGCCUUUGAGGACAAAAAGCCUCUUUGACGAUAAGUAUCAUUCUCCAUUUGUCUGCUUUUACAGAUAUGACACAUUUUUUAUGAACAACAAAAAUUGCCUUCUUUAUUGAGCAUCUGUGCAUUUUGUAAAAUUACUAGUUACAGAAAACCACAAUUCACUCAUUUAUCUAUUUGUACUGAGCUCCCUGGUGGAUACCGCCUCUAUGUGUUGAUAUGACAGCCCCAUUUUAAAUGAAUAAAAGUUAAAACAUAAAUAAACAAAAAAAAAAAAAAAACAUAUUUGUGUUUAUGUGAUUUUACAUUUACUUAUGAAAAUCAUAUUCUGGUCAUUCCAGGUCUGUACUCUGUAAUUUUAAUAUCUAUUGGGAAUGCACAAAUCAUGUACUCAGCAGAGAAACUAAACACAGUUCCAAAUGAAAAGUUUACCAUUGGGGCUUUGAGCAUCAACCACUUGUUUAGUCAUGUUUAACAGUGAGAAUAAGACUCAACGGAAGUGAUGCAUGGCGGCGUCUUGCUGCUUUAAGGCUUAUAGAAUAAAAAACAUUGAAGUCUCAAGAGCACCUGGCUGCAGAUACACCGGGCUUCUGUGAGCGGGUGUGCAGUUUGACAUCUGCAAGCACAGGCAGGGUUGAAAACUAGACCUUCACUCAGAUUUCCAUUCGUUUUGUCUGUUUCACGAACUUUCAAAAUAAAAUGUCAGACUUUGAGAGUUCGAUAUUUCAGCUUGCAAAAUAGCUCGGAACAUUAGGCCUCUUUCGGUGCGUGCUCAGUUAGAAAUUUGCCUCUUGGGUUUCAGCAGUUAUCAAGAGCUCUCAGAUAUAGCGCACAUGAUCUCACUAGCUCAGAGUUUGUUUUUCAUUUUCACAAACAUUAAUUGUCAGUAAACUCAAUGGAGUUAAGAAUUAAUCUGGAUAUGUGAAUCACGUAGCUCAGCAUGUGUGCGGUCAGACCUCAGUCAGAAAUUUACCUUCCUUCAGUUUUGGUAUUUAACAUGAAAUGUCUUUUGAUAAAAAGUCUUGAAAAAGGACAGGACAGAGAGCAACCUUGGCUGGUCAGACUGUUUGAUUCCCGUUAAUGACUGAGAUCAAACCAAAGGUCCAACCUCCAAUCACACAUGUGCACAUGCCUCUGUGGAGGUUCUGUGUCUGCAGUCAGGUCCUUUUCCAUCUUCCUGUUGGAGGUUCACAACCUUUUUCCUCAUUUUCAUUUUUACUUAAGUCGUUCAUGUGUCCAGCUCUUAUAUUACUGGUUCAGUACUUUAUUAUUCUGCUAUGACAAAGACAAAAACAAAAACAUACAGCUCUAUCAACAUACAAUCUCUUUGGUGGAUGUAAUAAAAGUGACAGCCAUUGUUGGUGUGGAGUUUGAUAAUUCAUGUCGUUCUAAUGAACAUCAUUGUGACCGUCGUCUGUUUGUUGUUUCGCAGCUGCACCUUCAGGCCUUAUAGAGCACAAUGACUCCCUCCCUAUUAUUGAGCUGCCUUACAAAUACACUCACAUUAAACAUGACACAUGAGACAUGAGGCCGGUCUGGAGUAAAUAAACCAAACUCCAUCUCUGCAUUUAUAGACCUGCUCUGUGACAGAGUGGUCAGAUUCAGACGAAAGGCCGGGUCAAAGGUCACAAAACCAACAGCUGCUGGAGAGUGGAGGGCACAGGUACAGAUGUUCGAUGUUACUAGGGUCACAGCAAUGCAUUCUGGGUAUAUCCCAUCGCCUAAGUCCAUCCAUGUGUUUCUUGACCUUUGAACUUUGAUCCUGAGUAGUUUUUUUCUUUGUCAUACAGGAACCAUUCAUUGCUCAUGGAAAAAGAAGGGAUUCAUGGAAAUUUGCAUCACACAGAUCAUGACUGAGUGUUUCCUCGAGGCGGCUUUCUCACACACACUCGCUGCUUUAUUUUCACACACCGCCCCCCCUCUCCAUUCAGUCACACAAACAGUUGCAUACUUAAACACGCACACACGCAGUGAACCUGAUCUUUACCUCCUUUUGUAUCCUGUGUCAUUGGGCGCUCCUUGCCCCGCCCACAUGAUAGCGCCUUUCCCAGGACCCUUACUUCCUGCAUUCACCCCGUUCCCAUGACAACUAAGCUUCAAAUGGGUAGAGCCUUUUUGCUAUCAGCCAGACUUGUCAAAAACAGCUUCCCAAAGAGUGACACUGGGAACAAACUCCUGCUAUCUGCACACUUCUCACUUCUCCUCCUGCCUUUAAGAUGGCACCGCCAUUUCCCCUCGCACGGCAGGACACACCCACACACACAUUCACACACACAUACUUGGAGUAUUUUUGUAUAAACACACCCACAGUGAGAUAUCUGCUUUGACUGACACCAAGGCGGGCCUCCAAACGGCACAGAGGAAAUGUUCUUUGGUAAACUGAUGAGGUGUGGAGACAGAGGAGUGAUAUUCUACAGCCGCAGAGAGCCAGCGCUCUGAUAUAUGUUCAAAGGGGUUUUCUGCGCCCUGUUUUCCUUACUCUUUUAAGGAAUCCAUGUGGUUUUGAUGGCCCCUACGCCGGUCAUUUCCUUCUUACUGCAAAGGCCGUACAGUCUUAUAUUUCAUACCUUCAUGAGCUCCCAGGGAGAACACCGGGUGUGAAGAGAGAGGGGAUCUAUCUUUGAGAACGAGUAAGAGCGUCUCAAUGCGGAGAAUAUACGAUCACGUUUUUCUGUACUGUUAAAAAAAAAAAGGAAUUUAUAGAAGUAUGCUUCGAGCUGAAAGUCAUAAACCUGGAGCGUCUUUGAGGAACUUAGGGUUUGUUUCCAUUUAUUCCCUCUCUAACCCUGUCGUUUAAAGGCUGAAAUCCUUUUUUUGGUAUGUUAACGUUGUCGCUUUAUCUUGAUGGGCUUAGGGUCAGAAAAAAUGCAUUUAUUUUUCUUUAUCUCAUCCUUUUUUGUCUCUUUCCUUGAACCUGUUGCCACAGUGAUGGAAAAAAAACUACACCACUGUACUUUUGAAUAGCACAUUUUGCUAGAAACUCCUAGUAAACUCCUAAUAUACUGAUAUCAGAACAAAAAGGCAAGUAAACACAAAUAUUACAUUCAGCAAACUACAGGAAAUUGAUUAAAGUGGACACUCUUAAAUCUUUCUGUCUCCAGUCCGUCUCCAGUGGGUUGGGCAAAUCCAAAAUGGUGAAAACAAGGGGGGUGUUCUGAGACAGGCUGUUACCUAUGAAACAGGGGUUCUCUGAAAACACUCCUAUUAGCACUUGGUACGUUCCUCCUGAUGAAAUUAACCAUAGACUGUAAAUUGAUGCGGAAAAAAUUGAGUUGACCAAUCAGAAUUUUGGUCAACUCAGCACGUUUCAACCAACAAGUCGACCAGUUGACUAGGACUUUACAGCCUUACUUAUUUCAGUACUUUGAGUUUGAGACGCCACCUACGAGCCAAGUGUGCAGGUGCAGCUUAUCAAACUGAACUCAGCGAGCAACCUCAUCCUAAAAGCCGGCAAAGGCCUGAGUUUAAGUGUGCAAGUCACCACAGACUUAUGAAUGAAACUAAAGCCAAGAAAUUCACCACAACCCCUCAUCAUUUAAUGUUGAGUCCUUAAAUUUGCAGUUUGUUACAAGCAAACCAAACCGGAACUCCUGAAAAGUGCAAAAGUCAAGCUAUGAUUUGACAGGCUGUUGUUGAUUUUGAAGUUCACUUUCAGAUCAGAUCUGUUUGUGACCUGUAGUCCAAAGUUUAAUGUUAUUCAGAUAAAAAAGUUUCACAGUCACGUAUCAGGAUCAAGCCUUAGUGUGAAUGUUUGUGUGCGUUUCUUGGAUGUUUCCACUGUGUGGUGCUUUUUGUUUUUUUCCUCUGCACACAUGUGUGUUAUCACUCUGCUGUACAACAUAAUGGACACAAAUGCUCCUCCAGGUUUUGUCCAUAUGUGAUUAUACUGUGAAGGCAUUGUGUUAUGUGUUGUAACCGCUGUGUGUGCAUUUGUGUGUGUUGUUGCAGGAGAAGCCGUAUAAAUGCAGCGAGUGCAACAAAGCCUUCAGCCAGAAACGAGGGCUGGACGAGCACAUGAGGACCCACACAGGAGAGAAACCUUUCCAAUGUGACGUGAGUGAUUCCUGCUUGUGUGUGUGUGUCUGUGUGUGAUGGCACAAGGCCAGAUGUGGAGACUUAAAGAGGGGUUUUGGGGGGCUCAGUUAGAGGCAGAUAGUGAUCUUGCUUCUCUUGAGGGGCCAAGCAGGCUGAUCUCACGUAAACACAUUGAGAGGAUCAGAGGCAGAAAUUACCGUCUGCUUAUAAUACUGCUGGAGAAUAAUUACUCUCAGAGACUGGGGGUGUGUGUGUGUGACAGAAGAUGUUGUCCAUGCAGGGGGAAAACUCUUUGAAUUCUGCGUUUUAUCACCGUUUAAAGUUGGAAAUGUACAUGAAGGGUGAUUAACUUUGUUUUUUCUGCUUUUUGUUUUAAAAGCCACAACGGCUUUUGGGAAUCUCUUCAAUUUAAAAUCUACUGAGCGUUUCAGAAACUUUUACAUCUGUGAGCUCAAGGAUUAUGGGACAUGAGAUGCCUUACCAUCAGAAUUCACAUCAUGUUUUUGUGUUUCUUUUGGACCAGAGACUUUCAAAAUGUUAGGCAUCUCCCCUCAGGGAACUUGAUGUAGCUUGAAGGUUCAGAUGCAAAGACACUGUAUGAAGUGAAAGGGAUGGGUAUAUCAGUGACAGAAACAAAGGGAAUAUUUUACUGUAGUUUCAACCACUUAGCAUCAUGUUCAGAAAGUGACAGCAGUUUCUUCACUGAGUCUAGACUCUCCAGACAUGAUACAACUUUAGACAGUGUGGCUUCCCCUCUCUCUUAUAAUAUCCUUAUUGAUUAUGUUCAGGGUCAUUCAACAUCAAAUCUAAAACAAAAACUGGACAAUGUUUGAUAUAGAUUCUCUUUUGGAUAAAAUUAAGCUGUUUAAGUCCUAACAAAAAUACCAGCCAUGCUCUCAAUAGGGGUGGGGGAAAAGAUCAAUACAGCAUCGAUACAGCAUCGAUACAACGGUAUCGCAAUAUUUUGUCUGGUGAUAUAUCGUAUUGUCUCAUUUACCAAGUAUCGAUUUUUUCAAAUUAAUUGCUAUUGAUAUGAAUUUAAAUCUAUGAUUAUGGAAAAAUAAAAUCAACUGUUUGUUCAGUGGCAGAGGUGACAUCAUAGAGCAGGAGAAAGUUAGUGCAACAAAUAUAUAUGCUAUAAUAUAUAUGCUACCCCUGGCUCUCAAGUCGAUUUAAUAAUACAAAUUAUUUGUCUUUUUUUUUUUUUUAAAUAAAUUAAAAAUCCAUCCGAAACAGGUUUAACGCCAAUAUAGCAAGAGUGCAAAUUGUAUGGGAAAGUGAACUCAUACAAUACUGAGGUUAACAGCUAAAUAUUCAUCUUGUACUUUGUGUAUUUUAAUAAUUGGAUUUGAUUAAAUGUCUAGACAGCACCCCAGGCACCCUUUGUGCUAAUAUCUUAUAAAGUCAAAUGUUUUUCAGUCUUUUUGUUUAACAAAAUAUUCAUGAAAGUUCAGCAAUUCUGUUUCUUAUUUGUUAGCGAUAUGAAAUGCUUUAUUUUAUCAAGUGCAAAAAAACAUUAAGGUGCAGUCAACCACCAAAGUCGUCACAGCUUUCUUUCAUCUGAGUGAUGCAACUUCAAAGUUUUACCCAAAAGGCAACAGAUGAGGUUGAUCUUCUAGGAAGGCUUUCAUGGACAGGCAAAACUACUAAUGGAUUUUCCUUUUGGCUUAAACUUUGACCUGAGGAUGGCCCAGAGAAAAGCUCAGUCUUGAACUGUUGCUCUAAAAUAUAAAAGUCUCCUCAUUCUUCAAAAGUAAGCCCAACCAUCUCAUUUAUCACUCCCAUCUGGCUCUUCAGAAUCUCAUCUGAGUUUGACACCCUCAAUCAUUGGCGUUGCCUUGAGAAUCACACCAGAAAACGUGCCUUUGUAUUUCACAGAUCGCUCUGGAGUUGCUUUAGACCACAGAGUCAGUAUCUCAUUCAUUGUCACUGAAGCGUCACCAGAAAGUGUCACCCACUUACACCCAACAUUCAUCUGGAUGCUUUUCCCAGCUGUCGAGGAGGGAUACUCAUGUAAAUAACUCUCUGCUCAUCUAUUGAAGAUAAUAGAAGUAACAUGUGGAUUUUAUCUUGGGUUUGGGUUUUGGGACAGACAAAAUCAUCACAUAGUUCCUGGAACAUUUUCCAGACGGGCCAGAGGGGCUCUGUGAGCAGCGUCCGUCAUAAAGGCAUUAAAAAUGUUGUAGAGGCAUCCAGAAACAUCUGUGCUGAGAUGAAACAAGGAGCCCCCCCCCCUUCCUCCUCCUCCCCCCAUCAGCUCCUGUCUUUGUUUCACUGAAGAUCGAAUAUUUUGCCAACACCGGAUCAGAUUUGUAGAUUUAGCAACGUUUAAUUCCACUUGGAUCGCACGGCUUUUGAUACUUAUAAACAUCUCUUUGGAGGGAAACUGACUCCGGCUGGAAAUUGACUUUUUUGAGGUCGAGUACAAAAUGAUAUAAAAAUUAUCUUAUUUUUAGAAAUGAUUUGAAUCAAUCCAAAGGUCUUGUGUUUCUUGUCACAGAUGCAGACUCUCUGUGAGAUUUUCUGAAUGUAAUUCACAGCGCUGCAGCUCUUCACAGAUGGAGUGAGGAGGACACAUGCUGUGAUCUUCAAGCCGUGUGUUAAACUGCAGCUGAAGAGCAGCCAGAGGCGGAUUAUCAUGAUUGAUAGAGGACGAUGGAGUCAUUUGUACAGUGUAAAAUGGCUCAUUUAUGAUGGAUGCUAACUUGCAUACAUUCCCUCUCUCUACUGGGAGAAAAAAAAAAAGAUUUCUGUUGCCAAGGUCCACAGCGUGUGAUUUACAUAUUACUCAGUGACUCCGGCUGUGCCUGGGUAAACUUUACAGAGAGGGGAACUUCAGUGAAGACUUCUCUUCUUGCUGGUUGUCCCCUUACAAACAGCAACUCAAAUCAUGAGAAGAGAAGACCCUGAGUUGGCUUGUGUAUCAUUUUGUAGCUGCAUAAUUUAUUCUAUACUGGGUAUGCAGGAGCAGCAGCAGGGCAGGCUUUAAUCUGGGCAAGACAAGUCUUAAAAUAACCCCUAAGUUUUCACAACUCUUUACCAUGAGCUGGAUCAUCCCCAGAGGUUCCCUCCUCUCAUUAACACUUCAUAUAUUAGACCAAUAAAAACAGUGAAUCAAAGCUGCGGUGACGAACUUUGGGUUUGAAUCAGUCUUAUCUUCCUUUCUGUGCUUGUUUUGACAAUAUUGAUCACAGCAAUGCAGGCACAUACAUUAAACUCCACAAGAGGUCACAAAAAUGAUUUUAGUUUUCACAACAUAUCGUCGCUGUCUGAUGCAAAACACGUAUCUCCACUUUUAGGGAUCUGGACUUUUUCCAAUACAUGCAUGGUUCAUAAUCUUCCCUAUAAACUUGUAGCUUUGGGUAUCCAAAUUACCAUUGGAAAGACAUUUUAUAACAUCAUCUUAUCAACAGGUAUCUCCAUUUAGUGACAGAAGUGUCAACAAAUCACAUACCCCCCGCCUUGGCCCUGUGUUGCCAUGUCAGCAAACAGACUUGACACAGUGACAGACUCAUUACAGUCCAGGGUAAUGCUACACUGACGUCCUCACAUCAACUGAUGCCGACCUAAAACUUGGUUCUAACCAUGACAGUACAUUAGAUUUCUUGAGCUGAAGGUUAUCCCCAGAGGCAAAGCUGCUGCUGUUUUCUCUCUCUCACUUGGUCAAGGACACCAGUGCAUGUUAAAUUGGGAGUAGCGACUCAAAAAUAUGGAUAACCAAUGUGCUAUGUGUAAAUAUAGGAUAGCCUGCCAUCAAUAGUUUAUCAACAUAGUGGGACAUAAUCAGGAUACUGAAAGCUCGUAAAUAACCGAACGUCUUUGGAGCGCAUUAUUGAAAAAAACACAUAUGUCCACUAUCACUCACAACCCAAAGCACAUAAGUCCAUUUAGAUUAUCUAACAGGUCACUGAUUUCAGGUCCUAAUUGUGUCUCAUUACAGUGUUUUGGGUUUAUCCUGCAUGGUAGUUUAUGAAUAAAGUUGUUUUUUAAUGUUCCUGAGAAAAAAGAAAGAAAAAAAACACAUUUUGGAGAUACAUGUUUUUUUAUUGGACAGUGACGAUAUUAUUACAGGGUGUAAAAUAUUAGUACAGUACAUGUCACUUAAACACAAAUGUACCAACAAUUAAGGCCUUAUUGUAACAAACACCAGGAGGCUGUGAACUGAGCUGCUAUUGGUUUGUUUCUAGGUGCUCGGCUUAUUUUGAGGUUCUAACUCCUUCGCUGUCCUAUGCAAACUAGAAUUUAUAUGUGUCUUAAUGAUCAGCAAAGGUCCGCCACUCUGAAAAAUCAGAUCUUGUCAAACGUGUAAUGCCGCAUGUUUAAGGUAAAAUAAAUCACAGCAGCAUGACUUAUUUGGGAUUCAGAGGCUGAGGGCUGAGCUACUAAGUGUAGCUUUUUAAUGUAGUUUAUUUUAUAAGUUUUGCAUUAAUAAAACAGUCAUGGAGGAACUGAACAGACAAGAUGACAAAGGCAAGAUAACACAGCUCAUGUGUUGUCUGUACUAAACUGUCUGUUAAGAGUUUCUAAACUGAUAAUAGUGCUGAGCAGAAGGAGAGGCAAAGAGCAGAGCCCCAGCACAAUGUUGCGUAAGACUUGCCACAGGUCCAAAUUUUUAAGUUAAGCUUUAACGAUUAUUUGAUGAUAAAUAAUGAACACAGUGACAUGGCUUAUAUUGAAAGAAUUCACUCAGGUGAAAAAAAUAUCUUAAUGUUGUGUUAGAAGCUUAGUUAAGGAAAACUUUAAUAAGUGCGAGUCUUAAAAGCACCACAUGAAACUGGUGUUGGCUGAUAAAGGAGUUUGGUUUGGCGCUGAACUGUAAGAAAACUGAAAAAAAGCAGUCUUAUCCCUUUGUUGAAAAGCCAGAUGUAAUUCAGUUUGACAGGUCGGGCGCAGCCCUGUUAUUUGCUGUAAUCAUUACUUCUUAACUCCUGUGUUUGUUUGCGUUUUCAAGGUGUGUGACCUGUCAUUCAGCCUGAAGAAGAUGCUCAGCAGACACAAGCUCACACACAACCCUAACCGGCCCAUGGCAGAGUGCCAGCUGUGCCACAAGAAGUUCACCAGGAACGACUACCUCAAAGUACACAUGGAGAACGUGCACGGAGAAACCGAGAGCUAGAGCCAGUUCAAGCAGGGGCUGAAGAAAGUUAUCUGAUCCUCGGAUAAAAGUCAGCCUCCUGUCACAAACAACCAGCAAAGCCUUGACAUACAGUACUGUAUACGCAGAUGGAGAGAUAGUAGAAACUCUGUUAUUAAAGAUACACUCCUGCAGAAUAUGGGAAACAUUUGGGCGGGUGUUUCAUAAUUCAAACACGACUGUACAUGUGUCAUUUCCUCUGUCAUACUGUUUAGAUAUUAAGAUAUGUUGGAGCAGAGCUGCUCUGUCUGCUCCCACAAACGCCUGACUGUUUUUGACUUCAAACCAGUGUUACUUUUCCAGCCUGACCUCUGCCUC